GUGUAAACUCUCCAGCAGGUGGCGCUGAUCCUUAUCCUUCGCUCUUGUUUGCGUUUCUUCCCAGGAGGAGUCGCUGUGGUUCGGUUCUCACCCGAUAUUGCUGAGCUCAGCCUUACUCCCAUUAUCACAGUACUAUCGGACCCAGCCCCAGGACAUCGCGACAUGGGCACCCGGGACGAUGAGUAUGAUUAUUUAUUCAAAGGUAAGUGGAGGACACCGUGGCUGGGGAUGUCAUUUGCCUAUGAUGCAAAUACCGAGUCAAUAGACACCGUGUAAAGAACACGGAUCUAAAAGGAUGGAACCUGCAUUAAUAUAUACCAGAUCCAUGUACAGGUCUAGGCACACAUGUGUAUGGUAUGUAUGUAUGUAUGUAUGUGAUCUGUGGGCAGGAAGACACAAUACAUAUAAUUGUAAUGGCAGCCAGCAGGCCUCACAUCGGAUUUAGUGGGAAGAAGUAAUAAUCUCAGGCAUUGAUACAUUGUCUGUAUUCAUGGAAUGUGGAUCUGUGAACGUUCUACACCAGGGAUAAUGUCAACAUGCUGGGCAUUAAAGGGAUGCAAACAUGGCAUAGUCAGAUAAAAUCAGUAUUUAGGUCUGUCUUGUGUCAGUGUACCUAAUGCUUAAUUCUGUGUACAGCUGGGUAUACAGUAUUGUCAUUAUAUGCUGGGUAUACAGUAUUGUCAUUAUAUGCUGGGUAUACAGUAUUGUCAUUAUAUGCUGGGUAUACAGUAUUGUAUUGCAUGACACUGUGCUAUCAGUGUCAUGAAAUAGUAUCUUUGUGCUCCCACUCUCUCUCUCUCCCUCCCUCCCUCUCUCUCUCUCCCAUUACAAACAAGAUCUUCUUUUAGAUCCUGAUAUAGCAAAGCACAGGAAGCAGGAUCUUCACCUCCCAUCACUGUAUUGUGAAAAAGAAAAGAAGAAAAAGGAAAAUAUAAAAAUGCUUUCCUGUCUAACUUUUUUUUACAUUUUUUAUUUUAUUUUAUUUAAUGGGUUCUGUAAAGUAACCAUAUUUUAUAGUAAAUUUGAAGACCAAAAUAAUGUGUGUAUUUUGUAUAAUAUUGAAGAAUGCGAUAUUGGAAAAUAAUAAACCACACGCGGAAUGUUUUGAAUGAAUGAGUAUCUGGGACGGCAUUAUUUUCCCAUUAUACAGGCUUGACCUAACAACGUUAUAUAUCUAUUAUAUUAUAUAAUUUUUUUAAGGUGAGUCUGGCCUGCCAGGGAUUGGUGAGAGUUACAUUUCUGAAAUCAGCUGCUAUGUAUGGCUAAUGUCUUCGGUUUAGUCAUUUUCCUGUUGAUCGUAUGCUGGGAGAGGACCUGGGGAGACAGAGUGAAUGGGAAUAUUUCUACUCUGGAAACUCACAGACUGUAGGGAGAUCAAAAGAUCGCUCUGUCCAUCUCUGUGCCCCAUUAUUACAUCAAAGAUACAGUGAGGGAGCAUGUGGUCUGCACCAAUGGCAAGUGAUGAAACAUUCCUUUGUAGUCUCAGUGCUGUCCAUUCAGCACUCUGAGUUACAGAAAAGCGCCAAGCAUAAUGCAGUGCUAAUUGCCAUCUGCGUCUGCUGGCAGUGCCAUCUCUACAUUGGAACAAAUGGCCAGCCAGCUGCACUAGGCCCAGGAAUUCUGCCCACUUAUGAUGCUACAUUUUUCUCUUUAAGACAGUAUCAUUUUUUAUAAUUGUUAAAUGCCAGGGGUGAAGAAGGGUUCUGGUAACACUCUAAGCACCAUAACCACUGCAAUAUGUAUAAGUGGUUAUGGUGCCAGGAAUGCUCUGUCACGCAUUGUUGUAAGUGGGUUUGACUUCUUCCCUGGGGUCCGCCACAGACUCUUCCCUCCACUACAGGUCAGUGAGAGCCAGAAGCUUUCUUUCUAAGCCCGGCUCCCGGCUCUCACUACCACCUGCAGGGUGACAGGGAGUAAUGCCGCUGGACAACAGGUAAGUCGUCACACAGUUCUAAAACAGUUUGACUGCCUACAAUGUGCACCAGGGCACUCCUGGCACCAUAACCACUACAAUGCGCUAUAGCAAUUAUGGUGCUUAGAGUGUUCCUUUAAUACCUCAUUGUCUUGCAAUUAACAGCAUGUAAUACCUGGGGAAACAGGAAGGAGGGUUGUUGUAAACAUUGCAUGUACAGCAUUAGAGGCCAUGCAAAUUCUGUUCAUUAUAAAAGUGGAUAAAACCUAAUAUUGUAAACAACGCAGUGCAGUGCUAGUCUACUAAAUCCCUACUACUAUUAACAGAGCUGUGAGAAAGAUAGAUUGCACGUCAGCAGUAGUUAUUUCACAAUCUGCUAUGCCAAUGAGUGUAGCAAGCCCCAAUAUUUAUAUUAAAAAAGGAAAAUUUUUAAUUUAUUAGAACAUUUUGGAUGGAUAGUAUAUAUUUAUAUAUAUAUACCCUGAAGCCAGGCUCUGUCCCAACCUUAAAAGAAAACUAAUUUAAAAAGAAAAAAUAAUUCAUUUUUAAUUACAUGUGUUCCUUGUAAGCUUGUUAUCAAUCCUAGUCUUUUGUUCAGUUAUAAAAAUAUUGAAUAAUUAAAUCUUUUCCAGUCAGAAGUUGGCACUGUUUUCUUUCUUUUUUUUAAAAUAAUAUUCUUUAGUUAUUCAUAUUUUUAAUAAAGUAUAGCGCAACAUGAUAAAACAACAACAAUCAGUACAUUGACAAUACACUGCAGAUGGAGGAGCUGUCAAAAAGAUUGUCUCGUAACAUUUGUCUGCAGAUAUCUUCCAUAGUAUCAAUAUAAUGUUGCAAUGAUUUCUUAGGAUCGGAGGAGUCCGUUAUACUAAUCAAAACACUGAAGUCUGUGUAAGAUGGUCAGUAUUUGGAAUAUGAUGUCGGGUAUGCUUACACACAUUUCAUUAGCUCUGGAUAUACAUAUGGUCUUCCCUAUGAACCAUUUUCAACGUAUAUUUAAAGGCCAAUAUGUCUUCCACAAGGAGGUCUAUAUGUGUAUGAUCGGAGACAUCAUGAAUGGAAAAAUAAGUGCAUUCCAGUCCGAGUAUUGUCACUAUACGGGGUCAGGAACUGUGGGAAUUGGGUAAGGGAUAAGGGUGAACAACAUUAUGUCAUGCCUGUGUUGGCGAGUUAAUUCCGGUAAAGAGGUUACGUCCAUCCUAUAUGGAGUUUUAUGUUCUUUGUAUGAUUGCAGCAGUUUUGACGUUUUUAGGAUAGGGAGGAGGUAUGGGGGUUUGAAACUUAUUUAAAACAAACCAUAUCCAAGUUUGCAUUCUACUAGGAUAUGGAGAGUCAUGUCAAGCGAGGCAUGAGGAAGUGGACAGAAAUAUGAAGGUAAUGAAAGCAGGCCAUCUGGGGCUCCAGGGAGGGGAGAAGAAGAAAAAAAAAAAACCCAGACACAAUUAAAUACCUACAUGUGCACACAUAUGUACAUGGAGAGAAUGGGGGUAGUAAAUGUGGUAGGGGAAGGGAGAGUAGGGCACAAUCUUGGAUUUGUUAAAUCUGGGUUCUAAUUUAUACAGUAAUGAACGGUGCUCACGAUAAUGAGUCUAGGUAAUGCAAGGUUAAAGACCGAUCCAAGGUCUGAUAUAGGUGUGUUUUAUUUCAUGUGGAUACUAUGCAGCUCAAAUGUAUGUCUGUAUGUUUGUGAUGUAGAUUCCACAAGAAUGGUUGUUGUGUGCUGUAUGUGUAUUGACUGUUGACAUGAAGAUAGGGAAUGUGAUGCCCAUCUAGAUGCCACAAGAGUUACUAAUGCGUACUGCAUGGGGUGUCCCUGAUGGGUGUUUUGUGUGAUAUAGAUGUAAUGAAGGUGACUGAACAAUAUGAAUUUAAAUGAACACUCCAAGCGCCAUAGCCACUACAGAGUGCUUUAGUGAUUAUGUUGCUAGAAGUGCCCUGAUGCCACCCUAGUGCAAAAGUGCCAGUCUAUAGAGAGCAAAAGCUCCUGCAUGUAGCAUCUAUUAGCUCUCCUGAGGUACGCUCUGCACGACAGGACUCGCUCACUGGCUGAGUUCACCAGCUGAUCGCUCUCAACCAAUGAGCUAAGCCCUACACUGUCAGUAGCUUUUUACUGUCAUUAGCAAACAGUUUGACUAGUAACACUGGGAAAGGCACCAUAAUCAAUAUAGCUUCACCAAGUGACUCCCAAGUUAUUAGCUGCUCUUGGGUAUAAACAUCUCUUGUGAUGUGCAGAGGUUUAUGGGAUAAGAUUCUCUUCCUGAUAAGGGAGGGGUCCACCUGUUGCUGCAGAAUGAACCCCUACACAGUACAUUCAUGAAAAGUUUGAAGGUGAGAACUGUUUUGCUUUUAGUUUUUUUAACAAUGCCUUAAAAUAGGUAUUUUUUUUUUUACCCUAAUAUAUUCCCAUAAAUAAUAGGGGUAGGGAACCAACAGUUUAAAGUCCUGUAGAGAUUGUUUAAAUCUACUUCUCAGCCACCAGUCCUCACCCAAUCCACUAGAAAUGUACUUUAAAUGCUGCAAAAAAGAGCCUGCUUAGUUUGCCUGAGAGAUUUAUAGGAUCGUGACAUCAAGAUGUGCUGGGACACUUAAAUGAACACUGUAGCGUUAGGAAUAUAUAUCUGUGUUCCUAACUCUACAGUGCUAGUGGCCCUUAAACCCCCCCACCCCCUCCCAUCUGUACAAAAGGAAAAUGAAAAAAAAAACAAAACAAACAAAUUACUUAUCCUUUCUCAGCACUGUUAUGACCACCUUCUUGUCAGGUUGCGUCAUUCUCGAGGCGUACCUUCAGGCCGAUGGGCCAAUCUAAUGCUCCUCAUUGUAUUCCAUGAUUCUCUAUAUAUGAAGGAACUGCAUCACAGUAUGUUAUGGUAUGAUAGUCAGUAAGUAAGAUUCCUGGCUCUCAUAACCAAAGGGUUUGAAGGUGUGGCCUGAAGCUGUGCUUCCAGGGAUUCUAGUUAGUUUAAUAUUGUUUUGGGGGCAGUACGGGGGGGAGGGGGGGACACUAUAACUUCAAUAUGAUGUCUCUUAAAAGAUAAAUAUGUCCCUUUAAAGAUAAAUAUUUAUUCCACUAGAGCUUGCCUAGAAUGUGGUUCAUGCACUUGUACCUUUUUUGUUUGUAAUUUAUUUGUUUCACAAGACUUUAUUCUUCUUGUUCAUUUAUUAGUUAUUGUCUCAAUUGUGCAUUUGUAUUGUAUGGUGUUUCCACAAUUAAGUCUUAAAGGCCCACUAUAGUGCCAGGAAAACAUACUCAUUUCCCCUUCCCUCAGGGUCCCCCUCUCGCCGGGCUGGAUGGAGAGGAAGGGGUUAAACACUUACCUUUCUCCAGCGCUGGGCUCCCUCGGCACUGGGGACUCUCCUCCUCCUUUCCCUCCCUUUCUGGAGCACCCUGCAGAAAGUAUUCCCCCCUUUUUUAGUGUGUGCAUUUUACUCUUUUUUUUUUGCAAAUACUGUCCACCAAUGGCCAUGCGCCAGUGAUUCUCUAUGAUAAUCAGUAAUGACAUGCCUACAAUGUCUGUCCACCAAUGGCCACGAGCCAAUGAUUCUCUAUGAGAAUCCGUAAUGACACGCCCACAAUGUCUGUCCACCAAUGGCCACGCUCCAGUGAUUCUCUAUGAUAAUCAGUAAUGACAUGCUUACAAUGUCUGUCCACCAAUGGCCAUGCGCCAAUGAUUCUCUAUGAGAAUCCGUAAUGACACGCCAACAAUGUCUGUCCACCAAUGGCCACGCUCCAGUGAUUCUCUAUGAUAAUCAGUAAUGACACGCCUACAAUGUCUGUCCACCAAUGGCCAAUGCUCCAAUGAUUCUCUAUGAGAAUCAGUAAUGACACGCCCACAAUGUCUGUCCACCAAUGGCCAAUGCUCCAGUGAUUCUCUAUGAGAAUCAGUAAUGACACGCCCACAAUGUCUGUCCACCAGUGGCCAUGCUCCAAUGAUUCUCUAUGAGAAUCAGUAAUGACACAUCUUACUGGGUGUGCCUGAGCUUCACUCAGCUCUACACAUGCCCACAAUGUCUGCCCAAGCCUCCUCAGAGUCCUCAGCAUUCAGACACUAGAACUUACAAACUACAUCACAGACACAAACAUUUCCUCACCACAUUAGGUAUUAUAUAGUGUCAUAUGUUUAUUAUAAAUAAAUAAAAAAGAGACAGACACAUUUAUAAAUACCUAUAGAGCUUUGUGUUAUCUCUCUCUCUCCCUAUAUAUCUGUAUAUAUAUAUAUAUAGAUAUCUAUCUGUCUGUAAGUUUCUCUUUCUAUCUGUCUCUUUCUCUCUUGGGAGGUUUAUUUAAAAGUGGAUGGAGGGGAAGAGGUUAACACUGGGUAGUGAGGUUGGCUGACGGGGAGGGGGUUAACACUGGGUAGUGAGGUUGGCUGGCAGGGGAGGGGUUAAUGCUGGGUAGUGAGGUUGGCUGACAGAGGAGGGGUUAACACUGGGUAGUGAGGUAUUGGUUCCAUAACUUAACCAUGAUUGACUUUUUGUGAUCAAGGACUACAUAAUUACAAUCUUAAUUAUAGACUGCACUGGCAAACUACUUGAUGUAUAGCUUAAAAGUUCUUCUCUUAUAAUGUUUUUCUGGUUUCCUCAUCAUCAGACCAAAAAGAAUACAAAUAUCGCGUCCAGAGGCAGUUGUACGAUAUCUCGUAAUGCCCAGCGUGCACCCACAUGCUAUGAAUAGUUUGGUGUUGCGCGAGUGAUUUGAGGGAAGGUGUCUGCAUGUGCUGCUGUCCUGUCCAUUCCCUGAGGGCACGUCGUAGGAGUAGUUUUGGAAUGGCAAAUAACCUAUAGACCUGGCUAGCAAUGUAGGACUUGGAAUUUGAUCCCUGAUACAACAUAUUUUUGGACACACCUGUACUUUAGUGGAAACAUUGUUACAUUAUGACAGUAUUGGGGGUUUAUUCAUUAAAAUAUGAUAUGAGCAAACAUAAGAGCUAAUCACCUGUACUUCUUUUAGUCUGUUGUGCCUGUUUUAUUAUAAUUGCCAGUGUAAGCACGGUGUCCUCUUUCUGGUAAUUUUUUUUUAUUCUAAUUGUUACAGAAAUCAUGAAAUAAGAGUUUUUUCUGUGGGUCCAAAAUUAUCAUUUCGUAAAUGGACAGUUUGAAAACAAAGAAUAUUAAUCGUUUUUCUUGACAUUAGCCGUCAUGUUUGCCAUUGCUGCUGUAGAUUUUUAUCGUUCACUUGCCAUGUUUCACAUUAUACAUUUUUAAUGGUAGUUCUCUCCCCCUGAAGAACCCUUUUAAUGGUCGGCUUUAGCAGGAAUAACUGGGUCAGGUUCCUUAUGUACAAACACGCAGCCAUUGUAUUCCUGCAAUACUGAAUAACCUGGAAACAUUGGAAUUGUGCCACAGUGAGAGAGUAAUCAAGAAAGAUGUAUCCUAUUAUGUAGGUCUGUUUCUGAUUUAGAGUCGCGUGUGGGAGAUCUGUUCAUAAUUUGCUAUUUUAUCAUUCUAGAGUAAUGUUCUUUAUAUGCAGUUAUGGAGUUAUGUUUUCCUUUUAAAAGACUGCUAAUUGUAUUAAUUUUUGUUUGGGAAAUACAUGAUGGUCACCUUCCUUCUAUCACAUUUAUUUGUUUCUAGUGGUCAAAUGGCACGGUCCAAGAUGGAGGCACCCAUUAUUAGUAUUUUCUCUUUUUCAGAAUAUCAUGCAUGUACAGUAAGGGCGGUGUCCUGGUUUUCCAUUUACGAUGUCCAAACAUAGGUAAUCUUUAACCCCUUAAGGACACAUGACAUGUGUGACAUGUCAUGAUUCCCUUUUAUUCCAGAAGUUUGGUCCUUAAGGGGUUAAAUAAGAACUUUUACAUGAGAUUGUUUUGCACAAUGGUUAACUAUGGGGUGUGCUUUUUAUUGUCAAUCUUUUUUACAUUUUAGUUUACUCAGGAUUCAAUUUAAUAUUCUUGGAUAUGCUUUUAAAGUGAUUUAAUAUUUUUGGAUAAACUCUCUACUUCUGUAGCUACAUUUAAGGGACUCUGUCAUGGUCUUGCUUGGAAACCAUGAGCCAGUUAAAAAAAGUUAGAAGCCAGUUUUGUUUUUUAAACAAAGCUUAAUUUUCAACAGCAAAAAUAUAAUUCUUAAAGGAACACUAUAUUCAUCAGAACCACUACAGCUUAAUGUAGUGGUUCUGGUGUAUAUAGCCUGUCUCUGCAAGCUUUUCAAUAAAACACCACCAUUUCAGAGAAAAGGCAGUGUUUACAUGGCUGCCUAGAAGGACCAAUAGUGACAGUCACUCAGACGGCCACUAUAUGUGAUUCCUAGUCUUUUGCAGCACCUAAAUGCAGCAUCUCCACGCUUUGCAUGGAGGCGCCAAAUGUUCCCUAUAGAGAUGCAUUGAUUCAGUGCAUCUCUAUGAGGAGCUAUGCUAUUUAGCACAUGCGCAAUAGCCUCCCAAUACUUUCCUAUGGGAAAGCAUUGGCUUAGCUGAGAUCAUCAACAUCGAUUAGGCCAGGGCUUGACAAAUUUGCUUUAAAUAUAGGAGCCAGCUAAAAAAAGUUAGGAGCCAGUUUUUUUUUUUUCAACAACAAAAAUACAGUUCUUAAAGGAACACUAUAGUCCCCAGAACCACUGUAGCUUGAUGUAAUGGCUCUGGUGUCUAUAGCCUUUUCCUUUAAGAAUUAUAUGUUUCUGCUACCUAGACCCUAAAGAGUCUAUUUCAGUGCUGCACAAUGCGCAGCACCUUCAUUCUGCAUCACCAUGCUCUGCAUGGAGGAGCUGAACAUUCCACAUAGAGAUGCAUUGAAUCAAGAUUGAUUAUCUUAGCUAUGGAGAAGUGCCAGCCGCAGAGAGACAGGCACGUUGUUGGAAAAAAAGUAUGUAAAAACACCAUUCCCAUGUGACCGGAGGGGAGCUGGUGACCUAAAUAUAUACAUGUACUGACAGACAGAUAAACACACACACAUACACAAACAUACACACAGACACAUUUACACAAACAUACAGAAUGACACACACACACAAACAGACACACUCACAGAUAUAUGUACACUCACUCAGACAGACAUGUACACACACUCACUGACACACAUUCUUUCACACACUCUCAAAGUUUUUAUUUGAUACACACACACAGAUUCAUAGAUACACACAGACAAAUACACAUACAGAUAUACACACACAUGACAGAUAUACACAGAAAAAAAAAUACAUAUAUUACCACCCUCUUCUUACCUACUUUGUGGGCGCAAGAGGGGCUUUCCUUGGGUCCAGUGAGACUGGGAGCAGAUUAUAGUGGGGUUUGAUGCGGCUGAUAUGAGUGGGCUGCCGCUGCUCCAGACCCCCUCCCCCCUCUGUUUUUGUAUCCCAGUGCGCUGGGAGUAAGUGGAAGGAACUUAACUACUUUCUCCCAGUGGUGAACCAGCACAGGGGAAUGGGCGGGCCGGCUUGCGUGCAAGCGGCUCUGCCAAAUGAGCGGGCGUGCAGACAGCUCUGCAGAAUGCGUAAGCGGGCGUGCAGGCGGCUCUGUAGAAGGUGGGGUCGGUCGGGCUGGCAGCUCUGCAGAAUGGGCGGUCGGCUCUGUGACCAGAGACAUCUUUACCUGUUUACCUGUCAGCUUGUCCUUCUCCUGCGUAGUCUCAGCACCGGGAGGAAGUAGUUACAGUUCCCUUCACUUCCUCUCGGCGCGCAGAGAUAGUAAGACAGGAGGAGGAGGGACGCCAGGAAAAAAUUCUUAGUCGCCAUGGCGACCUUGAGCCUGGGAUUUGUCGAGCCUUGGAUUAGGCCAGCCGCUGUGAAACAGUAAACACUCACUGACAGAAACACAAAAAUUCCUAGUUGCAUAACAACCUGGCGCCUGGGAUUUGUCAAGCCCUGGUCUAAUAUUUUAUUAAUAUUAAACAUAAAUAAACUAUAAACAUGACGAUUGGUAUAGCCCUGGACUCUUUUUGGUGAUGCAAAAAAUUGUAGAUUAUGCUAGCUUUAGUGUACCUAUAAUCUUAAUUUUAUUAAUGACAGGAGGCGAGUAUUUGCUUAAGUCUCUCUUUACUAGAACUCCACAGCAGCACAGAAAAACAACCAAUCAGAAAAAAGUUAGGUACUAUAAAACCCCCUUCCCAUUGCAUCAUUUCCUCUUUCAAGCUGCGACAAAACAGAACAAAGGCAGAAAAAAUAAUGGGAAGCAACGAAGUCCAGAUACGAUGAAUACAGCAAUGUCCAACGUCUGAGAAGAACUGUCAACCGGAUAGCGUUGAUGGACUGAAAAUAAGUCAAUGCCCACCAUCCACGAAGAAGCGCCACACCAGAUAGUGCUGAAGGACUGGAAACUGAAACGAGAGAAAAACAGAAUCGAACAGGUUGAUUAUCCAAUGAAAUGUAUUUUGAAUAAACUUGUAGAUACCCAAUGUAGCAAAACAAAAUGACCUUAAUAUGUAGAUAUCCCAACCCUACUUAUGAAAAACAGACAUAAGGACAGGUGACAGGUAGCAGAAACAACAAGCAGAGUUGUAUACGUACCUGAUAAAUCCAAACUAUAAAAUUAAACAAGGGAGGGAUAAGAAUGGGUGGGAAAUACUCGCCUCCUGUCAUUAAUAAAAUUAAGAUUAUAGGUACACUAAAGCUAGCAUAAUCUACAAUUUUAUAACAUGACAGGAGGCUUCGUAUUUGCUGUUUUAACGCUCAGCCAACAAAUCCAACGCUGCUUGUUUCACUGGUACCCAUUCCGAGAAUAUUAGAGCAAUCCUAAAUCGACCUUCCAACUGCGAGAAGUGACCUCCGUUGAUAGAUCCAUUGUACGUGGGGUUACGACCUGUUCCCUAGGAGUCGGUCCACGGGCUGCCAAGUUGACCUAUUAGCCAUAUUCCUGUAGGUGUAAAGUGCCGAGGGGUUGUGAGAAGAGACUUCCACCGUGUCUCGACUCUUGAUGUGAGAGGUGAUUCCUCCGAUGGUGUCAGGUUCACCAGGCGAUGUGGCCUUGCAGACAAACUCCAACCUCAGGCCUGCGCCUAAGUCCACGUCAAUACUCGAAUAGAACCGAAUAGUGUCUAUUCGUUCCUUUAUGACCUACCUGGUGAAUUGUCUCCUCCGAAAUAAAGUUAUAUACAGAUAAUAGUGUGGACAAUACUAGCUGUAUCCUAAGAGACUCCAGUCUACCAACUGGACUGUGUAAUCCACGGCUGCGGUCUAGAAAAGACAUCCAAAGGGCGUCCAAUCAAGGUCUCAAACUGAACUCGUGUGUUAAACGGUGGUCAACUAUUCUGGGAAUUGUGGAUCCUGGAAAGCUCAAAAAGGAUGGGACUGGAAACCGGGGUUGAGAUUUCCAUCCAAAUACAUCGUCCUCUAAGAGUGCUAAGAUGGCCGGAUCCAAUAGAGUUUAGGACCGUAUAACACAGAAGAGCCCUUACGUGUUGCAGUGAGUGUGAGAUACUCUGGUUACCAUUUGUACAAUCCUGUUCCAUGCCCGACUUGUCAAUAUUCGUGUAGGGGUUCCUGGCCUACACGCCACCUACAAGAUAGGGAAUAAUAUAGUGAGACCCCUAGGUUCCUGUCUCAUGGACUGUCCAAGCAUGUAUCUCCCAGUGUAGGUUUUCUUGAUGGUAGUUGGAUAGGAAGGCUAGUGAGAACCCAAAUCAAGAUGGUUCCCGUGAUGGAUAUAGAGUCCGAACACUGUUCUCAAGGUGUGUUCAGAGUUGUAGGAGCAGUCCUGCCAACUUUAUCUCAAGAUUGUAAGGACCAGGGAAGCCAAGUCCUGAGAAUUUCGGUUUCUCCAUGCGAUCCAUGCAUACGGUGCACCUGAACACCGUUUAUGUGAAUUUUCCAGUCUUGUUACUCAAGCAAAGCAGUGGAUUACAAGAUGGAUCCAGACAAACUAUGUAGACCUAGCCCGAUCAGGUAGCCCUCUAGAAUGAAAUCAGUAGCGCGGUCAUCAUAUUUAAAUUGGAUGUAGGAGCGACGCCCAUCUAUGCGGUCAUAGUUGACCUGUACAGGUACAAGCCUGUGUGAGGAACAAAUGGACGGCACCCUAGUGCGUUGAGUGUAUGAGAGUCGCACUCUGUAAAAUGUGAUCGCACUCUGAGUCCGCGUUCCUUCUAUGAGAAUGAGUCAAUCGGAGCAUGUCCUCUAUAUCCAGCUCAGUAUCGGGCCGAGGUUGAGGGAGGGCCACGCCCUCUAAUAAUGAAUCAGUGUCCAAUUCGGUAAAUGAGAGGGGUUCGCCCUCUACUCUUGAAAAAUAAAAAUAUCAGGUGAAGGAGGGCCGCACCCUCUGUAAUCCAAACCAGAGUCCAGUAGAGACUCAGGGUGACCAAACGUGGGGUUACACCCUUAUUUAAUAUAAGUAAAGUAUACAACCUCGGGCCGUGUCCGACCUUAAGAGAAAGGGGUGAUGAGAAAAGUACGUUUCGGAGCUGAAGAUGGUAACUAUCAACGGACCGCCCGGAUCCCGUGCAUGCGCGCGGGCUCCAGGAUGACAGUCGGUAGUCUGAGGAAAGCUGGAGACGUUCUCCGCAAUCCACAAGUGCCCGGGAGGUCGGAGGAGGUCAAGUCAGGCCUCUCGACGACCCGAGCAAUAGGACAAUAGAAGGCACGAAAACAAAGAAAUGACCAAUGAAGUAGAAAGUGGAAAAUACGUACCUCGGAAAGCAGGUCGGAUAGCAGAACUGGAAAAAAACGAAUCAAGUGAAUCCAGUUGAAAAGGUCAGGAGCUAAACAUGACAUAGAAAAACACUACUAAUACCUAAUAUGGCGUCUGAGCACUGUUCCCUGCUUGUGCGAAAUUCCCAUUGGAGAUGUGUUGUCGUUGGGUAUAACCUGUAAUUGCGUGCCCGGGAAUUCUCAUAAAAACUUUGCCCUUCAGGGCAUGGGGUGUAGGGCCUUCACCCCUCCAAUCACAGUUAGAUGUCCAUAUCCUGGUGUCUUCUUGGAUAAUCUGGUAGCAGUGUCUGUCCGGACACCCACCUAGAGGGUACUCUGCUUACUUCAGUGAUAUUCCCCGAGGUUUGUGGUCCAAAGGGGAGUUCGGGCACAGGUAGAGCAGGCCAAUCUUAUGGCACAGACCAAGCAGGUCAAUCUUAUAGGCACAGACAAAGCAGGCCAAUCUUAUAGGCACAGACAAAGCAGGCUAAUCUUAUAGGCACAGACAUAGCAGGCCAAUCUUAUGGGCACAGACAUAGCAGGCCAAUCUUAUGGGCACAGACAUAGCAGGCCAAUCUUAUGGGCACAGACAUAGCAGGCCAAUCCUGGGUUUCAUCUUAAAUGAGUAAUGGGGACCUCUGAGUUUGGCAGAGUCCCCUAAAUAUCUGUAAAUCCUCCGGGAAUCCUGUGACCUAGUACCCUUAGACACUAAUCUUAGACAGCGUACUACUGUGUGAAUAAACCGUAACUGGCGGUCCCUAAGUGCCCAGCAGGCAACAUAGAGGUAAAACCAGUUGUAUUGGGUUUAAGCUGGACAUGUUCCAGUGAGUGUCCAUAAAAUCAAGCUCUGCUGAGCAAUACCUUCUUUAAGGUGCAAAUUGUAAUGCACAUGUACAUACAGAUCCGUAUGAGAUAUCUUAUCUUUAUUGUAGGUCAUCAUCAUCCUCGUACCGCCUGAAGGGUAUUGUACUCAUGGUCUCUUCAGGAGUAGAGCAAAAACAAUUGUCAACUCAAUGAAUCUUCCCAAGAAGCCUGAUAAGAUAGAAUAGUAUCGGCAUAGACAGGACUGACAACUACCGUCAGCAAUCCGUGAGAUCUAUAGCACUAAGACUCACAGCAAGCCGUGCUAUAUACACUGACUUAGAACUCACAGAAAUCUGUGAUUUAUGUAUACACUGUCCUAUAACUCACAGAAUCCGUGAUAUAAGUAUAUACUGCCCAAGGACUCACAGAAAUCCGCGACAUAUAUAUACAUAUAGAAACUCACAGUAAUCCGAGAAAUCUGUGAUAUAUCUAGAUGGAAACUCACCGUAGUCUGUGACAUAUCUACAUGGAAAUUCACAGUAAUAUGUGAUAUAUAGACCUGGACACUCACAGUAAUUUGUGGAAUAUAUACUCAUGGAAACUCACAGUAGUCUGUAAUAUAUAUAGAGCUGGAAAUUCACAGCAAUCUGUGAUAUAUCUACAUAUGGAAACUCACAGUAAUCUGUGAUAUAUCUACAUAUGGAAACUCACAGAAAUCUGUGACUAAAACACAUGGAAACUCACAGAAAUCUGUGACUAAAACACAUGGCAAGCUACCAGUAAUCUGUAUAAAUAAAACACAGGGCAAAACUACCAGUAAUCUGUAGAAAUAAACACAUGGCAAAACUACCAGUAAUCUGUAGAAAUAAACACAUGGCAAAACUAUCAGUAAUCUGUAGAAAUAAACACAUGGCAAAACUAUCAGUAAUCUGAGUAAAUAAACACAUGGCAAAACUAUCAGUAAUCUGUGUAAGUAAACACAUGGCAAACUACCAGUAAUCUGUAUAAAUAAACACAUGGCAAAACUACCAGUAAUCUGUACAAAUAAACACAUGGCAAAACUAUCAGUAAUCUGUACAAAUAAACACAUGGCAAACUAUCAGUAAUCUUAAUAAAUAAACACAUGGAAAAACUAUCAGUAAUCUGUAUAAAUAAACACAUGGAAAAACUAUCAGUAAUCUGUAUAAAUAAACACAUGGAAAAACUACCAGUAAUCUGUACAAAUAAACACAUGGCAAAACUAUUAGUAAUCUGUAAAAAUAAACACAUGGAAAAACUAUCAGUAAUCUGUGUAAAUAAACACAUGGAAAAACUACCAGUAAUCUGUGUAAAUAAACACAUGGAAAAACUAUCAGUAAUCUGUGUAAGUAAACACAUGGCAAACUACCAGUAAUCUGUAUAAAUAAACACAUGGCAAAACUACCAGUAAUCUGUACAAAUAAACACAUGGCAAAACUAUCAGUAAUCUGUACAAAUAAACACAUGGCAAACUAUCAGUAAUCUUAAUAAAUAAACACAUGGAAAAACUAUCAGUAAUCUGUAUAAAUAAACACAUGGAAAAACUAUCAGUAAUCUGUAUAAAUAAACACAUGGAAAAACUACCAGUAAUCUGUACAAAUAAACACAUGGCAAAACUAUUAGUAAUCUGUAAAAAUAAACACAUGGAAAAACUAUCAGUAAUCUGUGUAAAUAAACACAUGGAAAAACUACCAGUAAUCUGUGUAAAUAAACACAUGGAAAAACUAUCAGUAAUCUGUGUAAGUAAACACAUGGAAAAACUAUCAGUAAUCUGUGUAAGUAAACACAUGGAAAAACUAUCAGUAACGUAAAGGAAACAUUCCCCAAAGAAAAGAAAAGAGCCAGAAAGGCACAUAAAUCUCACAAGCAAGCAUAAUUAAUAACAAUCAUAAAUAAAUCACACUAAAUCCCAAAGCCACCUACUAUAAGCAGGAGGCAGUGGUACUCUGACCUGUACUGACUGCGGAGCAGCAAAGAAAGAGGAAAUGAUGCAAUGGGAAGGGGGUUUUAUAGUACCUAACUUUUUUCUGAUUGGUUGUUUUUCUGUGCUGCUGUGGAGUUCUAGUAAAGAGAGACUUAAGCAAAUACGAAGCCUCCUGUCAUGUUAUAAAAUUAUAUUCACUAGCUGGCGUAACUUUGCAGUGAAACCUAUUAGUAAGGGAUUAUGGCCGUAGUACAUGUGCUCCAUAUGAAAUCAUAGAAACCACAAUGCCAUUUUGUGUUAGCCCUUUUACUAGCGAAUAUAUGCGAAACUGAAAUUCAUGGCCCCCAUGAGAAGCCCUGUCUCUUGGGCCCAAACCCUUCCCCAACAAAAUGUCCCUUAUUACCCCCUUUUCCAUUAACAAUAGUGGGGGUAAAUUAUAUAAAAUAAAAAUAUUUACCAUUUUAACUACAUAUUUUCUUUCUCAAAGAAAGCUAAUUAGAAAUCUGUUAUAAAAAAAGCCAAAUGUACAUCCAUCAAAUGAAGCAGAAUAAAAUAAAAAAGUUCCAAUUCCCAAAAUACAAAGGCCUUCUCACAUUUUGAAAACUCUGUAUAGAGUGAUUGGUUGGCUUUCAUAUACAUCUAUACAUGUAACCAUGUAGGUUUCUCCUGAAUCCUUCCAGAGUGAUGUGACUUGGUUGACUUCAGUAUAGAGUCUAUACUGAGCAUUGAAAGUGUUGAAUGGCCUUUAGGAACGAUUGUGUCUAAUGGCCAAGUCUGGUUUACAAAAGUUUACAAAACCUGAAAUUGCCACAGCUGUCACUAGCAACAGUGUUGGAAUAAAGAUAUCUUCUCUGGGAUCAUGAGACUGGGUUUUCUUAAUUGUGACCCUCUUUGUGUAUAAUACAAUAAUAUUCAUAUUUUCUGGUAUAACAUGUCUGACAUUGAAGUAUCCUAGUGUCUUGCAAGACCUUCCAUAGACCUCUUAGUUGUACUUUCCAGUAUGUGAAGAAUACAGCAUUGACGGAGCUCUUGGUAAAUGAAGUGCUAGGUGCUGAAGAUGGAUAUCAGAAUGAGCAGGUAUAUCAGACUUCAGCUUCACCCUAGUGAAGUUGCAGAUCUGCAGAAUAUGUACCUGAAAUUUGCAUUUCUGCUAACCUAGGUGCCCUUUCAGUCAGGGGUUGUCAACCUGGUUCCUACCACCCACUAGUGGGUGAUUUGGGGUUUCAUGGUUGGUGGUGGUGGGUUCUGCGGCACAGGCCUUGCUGUGAGCCCUCUCGGGCUUGUGAGGAGAUCAAAGAUCUCCCUCACCGGCCCGCUGGCACUUAGUACCAGCAGAGGGAGUGAAAAACCUGGGAAGAAGUGUUUUCCAUGGUAACGUGCGGCAGUGCUCCAAUACAGUGUGCUCGCAAGAAGACCGGAGAGUAAGGGGAACAUGUCACCACUGGACCACCAGGACUUGAAGCGUUAUGUCCCCCCUCCCUGGCCAAAGGUUAGAAAAGAGGGUAAGACAUUAAGAUACAUUUUCUCGCAUCUCACCCACCCACACACAGCAUAGACCCUAUGCACCCUUCACACAAACACACACUAAACCAUUCACAUACACACACACUGCCCCCCCACACACAGUACCUCUCACACACACACACACACACACACACACACUGCAUCUCUCUCUCACACACAGCACCUCCCACACCACACUGUACCCUUCACACACAGCACCUCACACAGACACAUAGAAAAAAAAUAGAUUAUAAAAUAGAAAAAAAAGGAAAUAAAUAGACAAAAAGGAAAAGAAGGGGGGAAAAAAAAGGAAAAAAUAGAAAGAGGGAGACCUUUCUACGUUCCUUAAGAAAAUCUAACCAGAUAUCAAAUAUUUAGUCUCGCAGCAUCAGCCUCAAGGAUCUCAUUAUUCAUCAGUUAAUGGUAUUUCAAUUUACUUUAUUGUUUUCACUUUUAACUUUGUAAAGUUAAAAACAUUAUAAACAUGCAUAGAUUAGACAUAAAAAGAUACAUUUAAGACAUUUUUUUUUUUUAAACUCUCCUUUCUAAAAAAAUUUUGCACUUGCGCUUAAAAAAAUCCCACUAGCGGCACUGGCGGGCGGUAAGGAAAUGUUACCAUCAACAAAGAUACAAAAGUAGGCGGUAGGUGUUAAAAGGUUGACUACCUCUGCUCUAUAAGUGCUACAAUGCGUAAAUUGUGGAUUAUCCCUCACUGCCUUUUUGCACAAGCAGACAUCUAAACUUCCACUGGGAUACCUGACAAGCCUGUUUGGCACUAGCAGCCUUGAGUACUGUGCAAGGAAACCUUGCGUUCCAUGCAUGGUUCAUGUGCUAUGGGUUGCAGAACCCUAUAAUAAGCUCUGUGCUUUGCAUCUGCAGUCAGCAUAGAGAAAGCAUACAGAGAAGAAGAGAAAUGAAACAAUGUGGGCUGUCCUGGAAUUAUCCAAAUAAGAAAUUCGUUUUCUUAAAUCAAUUUUCAACCCUACUGGGGUUGAGUGUCGCUUCAACCCAUUUCUAGUUGCUUGAGCCUCCUAAAAGUGUCUUCUCUCCAGUUUAUCAACAUAAAACCCUGGGAUUUUCAGCAAGGGUGAGUCACCAUUAUGUUUACACACACCAUGGGAUGAUGCUCUGACAGGUUGGGCUCGCAAGAGGACCCAGAUGGGAAGCAGAGAGAGGGCCACCUGGACUCUUGCUGCUACUGCUUUGCAAUCCUGCAUUGACCAGAUGAGGGAGAUCUUUGAAAACCCUCACCAAGCCCAGGGCCGUCUUUAAUAUUGAUUGGACCCUGGGCAAACAUUUGCUUGGGCCCCCUGAACCCUGUUGUCCCCACCCUGGCAUGCAAUCAAGCUCCCCACCCCAACGCAAAGGCGGACAUAAAGUAGAGAGGGCUCUGGUGCAUGAAUUAUUUUGGGCAAGAGGGGGAAAAAGGUAGAUCCCCAUCUGUCGUGCAACUCCAACAAUGCUUUGACAGCUGGGGCUCUACCAUUUUCCCAUGAAUGGUUGUAUUUAGCACUGAGCGGGAUUUGUGUGUUUGAGUGUAAGCAUGUUUUUGUAUGGAGUAUGUUUGUGUGAAUGUCGGGUUGUGUUUGUGGAGAUGGCAUUUGAAUGCAAGCAUGCAUUUAUGUGUAGUGUUGGUUUAUGAAUGCACUGGCGUGUUUAUAUAUAAUUGUGUUGUUUAAAAAAAAAGAGAUGUGUUUAUAUGUAGUGUUGAAGUUUGAAUGCAGGUGUGUAUUUGCGUGUAGUGUUGGCGUUUGAAUGCUAAGAUGUAUGCAAAUAUACACAUGCACUGCCACAAACACACACACACACAGAUACACACACACACAGAAACACUGGCAGAUACACAGAUAUACACACUCAUACAGAUGCAGCUAUACAGACACAUUUACACACACACAUACAGACACACAACCUGACACACAGAUUGACACACAUGCAGAUACACACAUUUGAUACUUACAGAUACAUGCACAGGUAUACACACUGGCACACACACAGAUACAUACAUACUACAACAUACAGAUACACACAUUGGCUACAUACAGAUACAUGCACAGACAUACACAUUGGCACACACACAGAUACUGACACAUACACAAACAGAUAUACUGACACACACUGUGACAGACAUGGAUACUGACACACACACAGGCAUACAUACUGACACACAUACAUACUGACACACAGACAUACUGACACACAGACAUACUGACACACACAGACAUACUGACACACACACACACACACACACACACACAGACAUACUGACACACACAGACAUACUGACACACACAGAUAUACUGACACACAUACAUACUGACACACAGACAUACUGACACACACACACAGACAUACUGACACACACAGAUAUACUGACACACAUACAUACUGACACACAGACAUACUGACACACAGACAUACUGACACACACACACACAGACAUACUGACACACACAGACAUACUGACACACACACACACAGACAUACUGACACACACAGACAUACCGGCACACACACAGACAUACUGACACGCACAAAUACUGACACACAGACAUACUGGCACACACAGACAGACAGACACUCUUCAGUUUCGUACCUUUGCAAGAGGCUUCCUUCCCUGGGGUCCAGUGUGCUGGCUGGGGUAGUUGGGGGUCUGGCUCUCCUUGCUCACCCUCCUCACUGGAUACUGGCACAGCAGCCUCCCUCACGACCCGAUGUCUUUGAGGUGGUAGGAAGUGAUUUGCAGACGUCACUUCCUCCCAUGCAGCCGUUAAGCAAGGGGCCCGGUCGCACUCUUAAAGAGCCACAGCGCCGACCGGACCCCAGCUGGAACAUGCUCACCAGGUGGCCCUAACUGUAUGUAUGGGCCACCCGGUGGGCCCCCUCAGUGUGCGGGCCACGGUGCAGCCGCAAUGCCAGCACUGCGGGCCCAUUAGGGAAAUAUUUGAUUUAAAAAAUUUUUUUUUUAAUUCAUGCCGUCGGCGGGGCCCACGGGGCAGCUGCUUUGGGCCCCCCAGGAGUAACUGGGCCCGGGGCAGCUGCCCCGUUUGCCCCGCGUUAAAGACGGCCAUGACCAAGCCUGAUCGGGCUGUAUCAGCAUGUACGAUGCAUGCAGUACUUUUUACUCCAUAUAUUUAAAAAAUACAGUAAAUGUGUAAAAAAAAUAAAAAAUAAAUAAACAUUAAAAAAAAUAAAAAUAACCAGCAGUUUUGGCAGACUUCAUUAUAGUGAUCAAAUGAAAAGUAUGUAGUAUCAAAAUGCUCUUAAAACCUUGAGGGGUCUAUUUCCUACAAACAUAUUCUUUGGUGUAGUAUUUAAGAAUUACAUUUUGCAAAUAUUUUACAUUUAUUCAUUCCUGGUAAUAUAUACUGUUUAUCUCCCAAAAAUGUAUUGAAAUCCUAGAAAUCUGAGGCGUAUCCACAAACGAGACUAAUAAAUGAAACAAAAAAUAAACUAUUUUCAAUAUUUUCCCUUUUUCUCAAAUUUUAUUCACUCCUACUACUGUGUAAUAGGUACACAUACUGAGAAAGCAGAAAAUUACCGGGGAACAAAUACACAGCAAAAGUACCAAAAUAGCCCCAGUCACCUAUGUACAGAAUUGCAGCAAAACUUCAGUCACUCAGAUGUUAGUAAUCAUCAGGCCCGGACUGACCACCAGCAAACCAGGCAAGAGCCAGGUGUACUGCAAUGGCCAGGGGCCGAGGCCAUGAUCAUCUCCUACAAGAGCUCCCUCUUUGGCCUGCCCACUGUCACUGCCAAGAGGGGCCUAGGGAACUUGCGGUCUUAUCAGUUGGUCCCAGAAAUGAAUUAGAGCAUUGCUGCAGGUAACCAUGGCAAUGCUCAGAUAGUUUCUUAUGCACCGACUGGGAGAGUGGCGGGGAUCAUCUCCCUAAUUCACGAGACCACCAGGGAUCAGGAUUCUCCUGAUUUAAAAAAAAAAAAAGAAAUCAUUUUUUUUUAAAAUACCUUCAGAGAUUUCAUCCCUAUUUCCCACCCUCCCAAGCAAAUACUUCUGCUACUAUUCCCCCCCCCCCCACACACUACACUACAGCUACUUUACCUUUCCCCCACACACUACAGCCCCUGUACCCCCAACACUCAUUCCAGAGCCCCUAUCCACCCCACAAACACAUUACAGCCCUUAUGCCGCAUGCACACACACACACAUUACAACCCCAAGUGCCCCAACACAUUCUACUGCCCUAAAUUUACAUCCCACUAUGGGACGUGUGCAUGUCAGUGAUGACGCAACACAAGCCCUGGUAAUCAUUAUUUCAUAUAACAAGUAGUGUAUUAUAGUUGUGUGCUAAGAGUCCUUAAUGUCAUCAUAAUAAUAGCACACAUUUUUUUGCGUGCACUAAUUAAUAUUAAUAAAAACUAAUAUUUAUGGUCUCUGCCAUAAAAGGGCAAUUUUUUAGCUUAUACGAAAAUGAAAAAAUGAAAUUGCUUUAAGUUUUAUUAAUUUGGGCAAUUAGAAUGCUAAUCUAAUAAUUAAAGAAACUUUAAUGAUUAUUCUAAUAAUUAAAGAAACUUUGAUGAUUAUUUUUGUGAUGUUAGUUGCAUUUACUGUAUGGCAUUCUUUUGGAAUGUUGCCGAUGCUUCCUCCCUGUGGUAUAUUAUGUUUGAAUACUACUAUCAGUCAAGGGAAGGAUGUUUCAUAGUUCUGUUUUCCUGCUUCCCCUAUCAACCUAAGUCAGGUCCUCUCAGUUUCUUCUGCACAUUUAUAAAAAAAUUGCUGACUUGUACUUGGACAUCUAUACUAGGUCAAAGCCAGAUAACAAAACGGUUGAUCACAUUAUCCUCUCUACUGGAUUUAAAUGUAACCAUUUUAAAAGCUUAAUAGAUCUGCAAAAAAAAAAUUUCAUUUGUCAGUUUGAAGAAAAGUGCGAUUCAACCGACUCCUAAAGGGACGCUGUACGCACUAUAACCAUUUAAGCUCAUUGAAUGGAUUAUAGUGUCUGGAGUCCGCUGCCACUGUUUCUCUUAUUCAAUGUUAAACCAUUUUUGAGAUGUUAAACUCUAAAUAAGGGUCUCUGGCCAAACACAGCCCAGCCCACACUGGAGGUAUGCCUAAAGCAAAGAUUACACACUUCCUUCUAGCCAUACUGAAGCAUACCAGCAGUGGGCGCUGUGAUAGUCUGGAAGCAGUCAUCUGACUCUCUCACCCAAUCAAAGCUGCCUACUGCUGCUCAGGAUACUACUUUCUUAUUAGCCCGAGCAGCACAGGAAGGAUGGGCUGUGGGGAGACACAUAAAGGAUUAAAACAUUAAAAAAGGUUUAAUGCUGAAUGGAAGGAUGACACCAGGAGACUCCAAACAAUAAUACCACUUCAAUGAGAUGAAGCAGUUAUAGUGCCUACAGUGUCCUUUUAAAAUUGUAUCUCUCUACCUUAAAGAACAACUGUCCCUAAAUGUCCACUUUAUUGACAGUGUGUAUAGUCACAAGUAACAACAAUAAAAAUAAUAAUGCCUGAAAAUGUUAACUUUUACAAAAGAAGCUAGUCUAGUAACACAAAGGGCUUUAUUAACUUACAUUUAAAUGACUGAAUUUCAAUAAGAUUAGCAAUUCUCAUAUAUUUACUAAAGCCAAUCUGGUGGAACUUUGGUCAGACCAAAUGCAUAAAUCAAAUUCCAAACCAGAGGUGCCCAAAGGGCAGAUGCCCGGUUGUUUAAAAACUACAGCUUCCAUGAUGCUUUGCCAUUCAAAAGGCAUUCCAAAUUUAUGCAAAGCAACAUAGGAGUUGUAGUUUUACAACAUCUGGGGGAUCUAUUAUUUGGGCAGCAUUGUUCUAAAUCAUCCAGUGUUUGUUUUAAAAGGAAUCUCCACAGACAUAAAGCAGUUCAGAUUAGAUAGUUAUACAGGCUGCGUCCAUCAAGAUCAGCAUUUUUUCACAUCUCUUCUCACAUCAAAGAAGGCUAAAAAAAACUAACUUUAAGCACUCGCUAAAGCUUUGUGUGCCUAGAGCCUGUCACAUUUGUUACAGUUUAUAAAAGUCCGUUCCCCCCCCCCCAAAAAAAAAUUGCAGAAAUAAAUGCAUGUUUUCAAUGAGGUUAUAUCUACUGAAUGAAAAAAAAUAAUAAUUUAAUUGUUCCUUUAAAAUCAUCACAUAUAAUUGCAUAUUUAUCAAACCUAAUUUACAUACUGUAAACAAAUGCAGUUAGCAAAUGAAUCUAUUUAAAAUCGUAUAAUUUGCAUGUUGGGCUAGCAUCCAGCAGUCAAAUAAUUAAAACCCUAUUCACUGGGAGCUAAGUAUGUGGUGGCUAGCUUUGGUAGUACAAACUAAAAAAAUAAUAAUACAAAUAAAAGCUUUUGAGCCCAGUAUGGCCCUUUUUACCCCCUUAACCGGAAAGGAUUGGCUGCUCCCUGAGCAGAAAUUAAUAGGAACAUCUAGUGGUACCAGUGGAGAUAAGUAAGUUGGAGACAGGUAACAAGAUAAAAGAUAUGGACAGAGGUGGGUAUUCCUGCCUUUGUCCACCACAGCAGAUUUGUCUGUUUGAAUAAAGUUAGUUGGAAUGUUAGCAUGCUAGUGGCUGUGAUGGUGGUGAUGGUAUGGCUUCUGACAGCCACGGGAAGCAAGCUAAUCGGAUUUUAGCAGCUGAACACUUUAAUAGAUAAGUCUCCACCAACGGCAUGGAGGUGUCAAAACUCCAUUAUACUAAUAAAGGGGUCAUAUUGCUUUUUUAAAAUUUAAAUGUGGUGAUGACAGUAUUAGCAUCCAGGCUCUGAUUUAUAAACAUCUGUGUCCAGAUUUCAUCUGUAUGGCAAUUUUUAGUCCAGCUAAAAUUGGGACCAGAUUCAGGCUCAUUCGCACUCUGCUCCCCAAAAUUUAGACAUUUAAAUCUUAUGAACAAUGUCUGGAUUUAGCAAUCUGAAUAGCCUUGUACAGCACCACAUGGUUUUGCAUCAUUCAGUACAAGGCUCUUUGGACUUUAGUGAACUCUGCAUAGGCGUGCGCAGCCUAUUGCAUUUGGGUGUGCACCCUAAAGCACAAACACACGCCGCGUGUGUGUGUGUGGAUAUAUCUAUAUAUAUCUAUCUAUAUAUAUAUAUGUAUAUAUAUAUAUAGAUAGAUAUAUCCACACACACAAACACACACACACACUGCUGUGUGUGCUGUUAGUGUGCUGUUAGUGUGAUGUGUGUGUGAGGGUGCUGUUAGUGUGAUGUGAGGGUGUUUGUGUGUGUGUGUUUGUGACUGUGCUGUUUGUGUGUGUAUGUUUGUCCUGUGAGGGUGCUGUUUGUGUGAGUGUCGUGUAUUUGUGAGGGUGCUGUUUGUGUGUGUGUGUGUUUGUGAGGGUGCUGUUAGUGUGCUGUGUGUGAGGGUGUUGCGUUUUUUUUUUUUUUUAAAGGUGCUGUGUGUGUUUGUGAGGGUGCGGUUAGUGUACUGUGUGUGUGUGAGCUGUAUGUGUGUAGGUGCUGUAUGUGUGUGUGCUGUAUGUUUGGAGGGAUUUGGCAGAUUAGUAAAUCCUUGCUGCCAUGUGCCAUCCUUGGUGGUCCAGUGGAGAGUGAACUCUAGCCUGCAGGGCUAGAGUUAACUCUCGCGAGAUCUGAGCGUUGCCGCAGCAACACUCAGAUAUCGCGAGAGGAACCUGGCGGAGCUUCUGUCUAGAGCUCCCUGGGUCCUCUCCUGCCUCCCUCCAUGCUGCUGUGGGCCGGUGAGGUAGAUCUUUUGGUCUCCCCGCCGGCCCAUGUUGGCUUAGAGCAGAGCCGGCACUCAGAUAGCGCCGGCUCUGCGUGUGUGUGUGUGUGUGUAUAUAUAUAUAUAUAUAUAUAUAUAUAUACAUAUAUAUAUGCGUACACACACUUACUCACAGACACAUUCAGACACACAUACACUCACUGACACACACUCACACACAUUCACAGACACACACACACACAGACACACACACUCACACUCACUGACACACAGACACACUCACUCACUGACACAGACACUCACACACACAGACACUCACUGACACACACACAGACACACUCACUCACUGACACAGACACUCACACACACAGACACACUCACUGACACACUCACUGACACACACACACACACACACACACACUCACAUACACACACUCACAUACACACACACACUCACAUACACACACUCACAUACACACACUCACAUACACACACUCACACACAAGAACAAAUUAUUAUAUUUUCAAUUAAAAACAAAUGUCCACCCAGCCUCCUACCUUUUCCCUGGGGUCCAGUGGGGCGGGCGCCUUUCUCCAGCUCAGCCGCGGCGAGGGAGCUCUCUGCGGUCUGCUCCCUCUCGCCGCGCGGGCUGUCUGCUGGAGCUGGGAGCCGGAAUAUGACGUCAUAUUCCGGCUCCCGGCAUCAGCGCGCGGCGAGAGGGAGCAGACCGCAGAGACCAUACAGCUCCCUCGCCGCGGCUGAGCUGGAGAGGGGAGGGGGGGGGAAUACAACUAGAAUAGGGGUAUGCACCCUAGAUCCUUCCUCUAAUGCUUUUUCAGCAUAUAAGAACAUCAUGGGAGAAGUAAUCCACAACAUCUGGAGUGCCAAAGAUUGCUUACACCUGAACUAGAGUCAUGGUCAACAUCCCAAGGAACAUGACUGUAACAAUGUCAUAAUUGUGAUGCCCUUUGGACUGUGUGCUCGUGACUUGUAUGCACAGUCUCACAAUGUGCCCAGGUACCCCCUCUCCCUCCUCUGUUUAUAAGUCAUCAUCUUCUUUUUUUGAAUCAUAAAAUAUUCUCACCCUCUACCUGUGAGAGUCAUCUCCCACUGAAUAAAACUUCACUCAACGAUCCGGGAGCUUUUUGAACAUUUUGCAUGGGGGAACGCGACAUAUCUGGGGAUGUAAGAUUUAUGUGUCUAGGUUAUGUUUAAGUUAUAUUUUAUAUUGUUUUAAUAUUCAGUUGCCUGGAGCAACUUAAUAAAAUUACCGCUCAGUAAUUAGUUUACCUUCCAGACUCAGAGACUCUGGGGCGGUAACCCAUUGUCUUUGUGUAUCCUGCUGAUGUCCCUAUAUAAACCUGCCUUGGUGAUAAUAAAAUGUGUUAUUCUCUCCUACACUAAGUGUCAUCUAGUACUUGGGGAGGUGGGCUACAAUCAUUGCAGCGGCCUUUCUUCUAGCCUGAGGGAUACUUUAGCAGAGAUACUCGCCAGAGUAUUGGAGCUCAGCUACAGCCACACAUGCACCGUAGGUCCAGUAAUGCUUCUCCAUGAGAAGCUACUGAUGGAACUUCAACAAGAAAGAAGAUGACAGAGCAUUUUGAAAGAAGAGGCAUUGAAGUCAUGGAGGAGAUCUUAUCCCAGCGCUGGAUUCCAGGUAAGUAUUCUACUGUUUCUAAAGUUUUGUGGUGUGAAAAACAGUGGGGGAAGGCAAAUUGCUGAAGAAAGCUGUUUAAUAGCGUAAUAAAGACAUUCUAAAUAAAAUGCAUGCUUUAGGUCUACAAUGACUGAACUUGAAAUAUUUUCCAAGUCAGCUAUGCUUCCAAGUUUGGCUAGUUUGGCCAUAAAUUUGAAACUCACUUUGCAUUCUGGAAAAAUCUUACUUUAGUGAAUAACCCUUAGGGUUAUUUAAUAAAGUUAGAAUUGUCAGGAAGUCAAAGGCCAAAAUAGCCAAACUGUAAACAUUCUCCAAAUCCAGAAGAAGUUUCUCCAGGGUGGUUAUUCUGGCGUUCAAAAUUCAGUUUGAAUUUCCGACAAUUCUCACUUUAGUAAAUAACCCUGACUGUGUACUCUUUGUGUUAUUGUUUUUGAACUGUAGACUAAUCAUCUUUUUCUCCUGUUAUAUGCUGUGAAAUAUGCUAACACUUUACAAAUAAACUAAAAUUGUACUUCCAUUCCCUUGGCAGUGGUUCUGAUUGGAGACUCUGGAGUGGGGAAGAGUAAUCUGCUGUCUCGUUUCACUCGCAAUGAGUUCAACCUGGAGAGCAAAAGCACCAUUGGGGUGGAAUUUGCCACUCGGAGCAUCCAGGUUGAUGGCAAGACCAUAAAGGCACAAAUUUGGGACACAGCAGGACAGGAAAGAUACAGAGCCAUCACAUCUGCGUAAGUUCUAAACAUAAGCUUCUUUACUUUAGAUUCCGUAUCAGUUUACUAGUCCUGCAUCAGUCUUGAGUGCGUCAUUGAGUUUACCACUGUGUGUCUCUAUUAAUAGGCUAGGUGGAAAUGCCUUUUCUUUACCAAACUGGCUGUUUUUUUGUCCAACUACAAGAAAUUUUUAUAAUCUUGUUUACUCCAUUGCCACACGGUGUACAUUUCCAUACCUUCCAACAUUGCAAAUAUACAGAAAGGGAUUCUUUUGUUUUAGACUCGUAAGUGUAGGCAACUUUCGGCACUACAGGUGUUUUGUACUACAUCUCCCAAAAUGCUCUUACAGUAAUAAUGCUGGCAAAGAACCAAGGGAGAUGUAGUCCACAACAUCUGGAGUGUCGAAGGUUGCCUACCCCUUUGAGAGUCCGGCUAUGAUGGAAUAUAUUAGCUGAUUUCAACAAUUUUUGAUGUAUGUAACAUUACUGUGGAUCACUACUAUGUACCAAUGUACAAAAAUAUAAAAACUGGUGAGAGCACACUAGUGGUGUAUAUAUAACACACAGACAAUAUUACCAUCAAUAUGUAGAUACCUAAAAAGAUAAAAAAUGUUAGACCAUAGUGAACUCUGUAUAUAACAUAAAAGUUGUAUAAAUACAAAUAAGUCUCACUCACAUUUUGCUGAGCCUGCUAUAGCGGGCUCAGACUCAGAGCAAAGCGCCUUUGGAAUAAAUAUGGUUGUUGGGAUCAAGAGUUGGCACCAAUAACCGGAUGCUCCACAGUUGGCUGGAUAUCAAUUCUCCCUUUGGGUCCCCACUAAGUCGAGACCACGAUCACAGGAAGUACCAGGAACAAAUUUAUUACAAAAUAAAGAUAAAAUAUCUAAAAAUCUCAAAUAUACAACCAUAUAGCAACUGCACUGACGCGUUUCGACGAAUAGUCUUUCUCAAAGUGCUAUAUAAUUGCUUCAGACUUCCGUUCGAUUAAGUCUACAAAAAAGGCGCGUUCUUCUCCACGUGUAUCCCCUGUUUCUUCCGAGUAUGUCACUUCCGGUUACGCCACUUCCGGGUCAGCGGAUUGAAUAGGUGACGUAUUUUGCCAAUGUCCGGUCACAUGAUCGGUUAUGCUAAUUUAUUUAUGUAACACUGGGAAGAAAAUUUUGUCCUACCCAGAGCUGACUCUGGGGCAAGCCUAGUCCUCUACAAACCGAUAUUUUUAUCAUAUGGAAAGGAAGUCAAAGUUCUCUUACUAAUUUUUUAGACUUUUUAAACCAUAAUGAUUGGAAUAUUCAGUUAACUUAUCAAAUUAGUACUGAAUCUAUUACAUUUUUAGAUUUGGAUAUUUUUAUUGAUCAGGAUUGUAUUAAAAGUAAAACCCAUUUUAAGAAAGUUGAUGUUAACAGUUUUAUAGAUUUAAAAAGCUGUCAUUUUAAACCCUGGUUUGUCAACGUACCUAAGGGACAGUUUCUCAGAUUAAGGAGAAACUUCACAAAUUUUAAAGAUUAUCAAUAUCAGUCCCUCUUUUUAAAGAAACAGUUUCUGGAAAAAGGUUAUGAUCCUUUUUUUUUUUAUUGAUCAAAUUUGCGAGCAGAUAGGGUAUAAAAACAGAGAUGAACUAUUGGACUACAAAAAAAGGAAUUGCAAUAUUGAUUCAAAAACUGAAUUUAUCCCUCUCAUUUUUAAUUUUAGCUCCAAUAAUAGUGCCAUUGGCAACAUUGUUAAAAAUAAUUGGCAUGUAUUAAGGGGCGACUUAGAUAUUGGUUCUUUAAUAGGAGAACAACCUAAAUUUAUCUUUCAUGGAGCCAAGAAUUUUAAACAAAUACUAACCAGUAGUUUUUUAGAUAAAGGAAAACCCAAAGAUAUUUUUUUAAAUGAUGGAACAGGCUUUUAUUUUUGUGAUAAUUGUACCGGAUGUAAGGUCAAACAGAGGGAAGCAGAAACAUAAAAACUUUUUCAUCAAUAAAGACACCAGAUAAAGAAUAUAAAAUCCAGUCAUUAAUUACAUGUAAUACAUCGGAUGUCAUAUACUUACCUACCUGUCCUUGUGGGUAUCAAUAUGUAGGUAAGACAACAAGGAAAUUGAAAGUUCGUAUAGGUGUACAUGUAAAUAAUAUAAAGAAAAAAUUCUCGAAUCAUAGUGUGUCAAAACACUUUUCUGAGAAACACGAUGGUAACCUAGAGGGAUUGGAAUUUUUAGGGGUAGAGAAAUUUAAGGUUCAUUGGAGAGGAGGUUGUAAAGAUAAAAUUUUAAGCAAAACAGAAAUGAAAUGGAUGUUCAACCUAGAUACUUUAAGUCCUGUAGGUUUGAACAUAGACUUUGAAAUAAAUGUUUUUUUAUGAAUCCCCUUUUUAUUAACCUCUACCCUCCCCCCCUUUUUUUAAUUAUCCCCUCCUUUUUAAUUAUCCCUUUUUUCUACUAAAUGUUUUUUUUUAAUCCAUUUUAAUUCUAUCUCAUCCUUUUUAAGGUCACAAACGAAUGUGUUUUUAAUAUUGAAAAAAGUAUAUUCUUAAUAUGUGGAUUGUUUGUUGUUUUGUAUGUUUGUGUUGAAAAAGUGUUUCUCAAUGAAAGUUUUGAAUAACGGAUCGCUAUAAACUUAUCAGUUGAAGGAAAUGCGCAGUGAUGAGAGACAUUAUUUAUGAAUUUUGCCGAUCAUGUGACCGGACAUUGCAAAAAUCCGUCACCUAUUCAAUUGGCUAGUGGAAGUGUCUGAAACGAGUCUGGGUAAGAUGUUCAUUUUAAGAACCACUAUUCUCCCGAACCAUGAUAUAUGUGGGUAUGCCCAUUUCCCCAGGUCUGCCAGGAUCGUCUUCAGUAGUGGAUCGAAGUUUAGUGUGUAGAGCUCUCCUGGGUCCGAUGUGAUCCAAAUCCCUAAAUAUCUCAUUUUGCAGGAGCACCACCUGAAGGGAAACAAGGAGUUGAGUUGUUAAGUUGUGUCCGACUGUCCGUGACCAUAUGGACCAUAGCACGCCAGGUACAUCUGUCAGUCACUGCUCCUCUGAGCUCCAACAUCUUCAUGUUUGUGGCUGCAGUGACCUCAUCUAUCCAUCUCCGUCUCUGUCGUCCCCUUCUUCAUGUGCCUUCAAUCUUUCCCAGCAUCAGAGUCUUCUCUAGAGAAUCCUGCCUUCUCAUCAUAUGGUCAAAAUAUUUGAGCUUCAGCCUCACGUUCAUAGCUUCCAGUGAACAGUUUGUCUUGAUUUCAUGUAGUAUGGAUUUAUUGGAUCUUUUUGCAAUCCAAGGGAUUUUAAGCAGUUAUUGCCAACACCACAGUUCAAAGGCAUUAUUUCUACGACGCUCAGCCUUCUUUAUAGUCCAGCUCUCAUAUCCGUACAUUACUACUAGGAAUACCAUAGUUCUGACUAUGCGGACCUUUGUUUAUAGUGUAAUAUCUUUAGUUUUUACCAGCUUGUCCAAGCUUUCCAUAGCUUUCCUCCCCAGAAGGUCCCAUGCGACUAAAGUCACACCUUUUGUCACUGUAUGUGGUGGAUGGGACCCCAAUCAAGACAGGACCCAUACUACAUGAAACAGGCCCCAUCUGCCUCCUCCUUGGUCACCACAAAGAGACCAUCAACCUAGAUAUUGCACCCUCACCGAUGUUUCCACUCAUCCUCGGCCUUCCCUGGCUUUGCACCCACAAGCUGGUGAUAGACUAGAUCAAAGGCAGACUUACCUUUUUUUCUACUUUUUGCACCACCACUUGCCUGAAUAAGACACGUAUGCACCUGCUCACUAUGGAAUUCCAGUACGUCUUCACCCAGAACAAUGCUGAUCAAUUACCUCUGAGAUGCUCGUAUGACUGCCCAAUCUACCUGCUUCCAGGCCCUCCUAUCUCAUAUGGGCGCAUAUUCCCUCUUGCAGAAGCUGAGCUCAAACAUCUCAAGGAGUAUAUCUCUAACAGCCUAGCCAGAGGUUUCAUCAGACCCUCAACAUCCCCAGCAGGAGCAGGCAUAUUCUUUGUUGGGAAAAAAGAUAGAGGACUCCAUCCAUACAUCGAUUACCGUGCCUUCAAUAAUAUCACCAUAAAAAAAAUGAUAUCCUCUACCUCUGAUACCAGUGUAACGGCACCCCGAGUAGGUAAAGGGGUUAACGCUGCCAAUGCUUUUUUUUUUUUUUUGAGGGUCAAGCAGGAUCUGUUUAAUGGGGGCUACACGUCAGCCUUUUAUGCAGGUCUUCCAGCAAGGGACACUCCCAUAGGGACCUUGUGGAAGACUGAGACAGUUUUUACAGUAACCAAUAAUGUACAAGUACAGAAUGCAAACAAUCCCACACAAAUAGUACAACUCCUCCUCUCUACCCUGGAGAUAAUUGGGUUAAGUGCUUGAAGUAACUCAAUUACCUCCAGGCAUAGAGAAUAUCCCCAUUUUACAAUAAUGGUAAAAACACAUUAAAAUACAUAUUUCCCAAUAUACCGAAUGGAACCCCCACAUAGAUCUGGGUGCUCAAUAUAACCGAACAGCGCUCAGAUCCCAUACAUGUAGUUCAAUCGCAAUGGAGUUAAAGUCUUGUACAUUGUGCGUUCAACGAAAUGAAUGAGCUCCAUGGGUCUACUAUCUGGUACAGUUCCGUUUGUGUAUUGUCAAUUUACUGAACGACAAGGCGUUCGUAUGAAUUUGGAACAGAGUGAUUGAUGGUCGGUGAUUUCAGUGGUGUUCGUGGGAAGUGGUGUCUGAAAUCAGUUCCAUGAGUUUGUCGGCGAACACCGCUGGGCGUUCAACUGUCCAAGAUGGCCGCCGCCAUGUGUUCGUUCACACGAACGACGACCACCCAGCCGACGGUUCGGGAGUUGGAAGUGUCUGCGGUUAACCACAAUGUUAAUGAGGUCAGAAAGGUUAACGAGCAGCACACUUCCCUGCUGGGUGGCCUGCCAUUCGGUAGGUUGUUCGUCUUUUGAUGAAUGCAAGCAGGAAACAAAUGAACAACCGGCAACCGCCGAACAAACAGACGAAUUAGGUUUUAAAUAAUAAUCCAAAGGCAGAGAGGUCUGCCACAACCAGAGCUCCUAGAUAGGUUAAGGAAGGCAAGAAUAUUCACGAAGAUAGAUCUACGAGGUGCAUAUAACCUGGUCCUUGUCCGUGAAGGGGACAAAUGGAAAACAGAAUUCAGAACACGGUAUGGGCACUUCGAAUACCUUGUCAUGCCCUUCGGGCUGUGUAACGCCCCGGCCACAUUCCAACAUUUCCUGAAUGACGUCUUCCGUGACAUACUGGAUUCCUUCAUUGUUAUCCAUCUGGAUGACAUCCUGGUCUUCUUCUACUGCUGAACACAAAGAACACAUGAGUAAGCCUCCGUCUCUGCAAACGUGGACUGUAUGCAAAAUUGGAAAAAUGCGUUUUUGAUGCAGAAUCCGUGGAAUUCCUGGGAUACAUCAUCACCCCUGGACAGAUAUAAAUGGAUCCUCGCAAGAUCACAGCUAUCUUGCAGUAGCCCAUACCCAAAGACAAGAAUACAGCGUUUCCUGGGAUUUGCCAAUUUUUAGAAACGCUUUAUCAGAGAUUUUUCUCAAGUAUGCUCUCCCAUAACGGCCUUGACUAAGAAACAUGACCGGUUCACGUGGACCACCCAAGCCCAAGAAGCCUUUGAGAAGCUAAAAAGGCUGUUCACCCAAGCUCCUAUCCUCAAACAACCCGAUACCACAAAUCUACCUUGAGGUAGAUGACUCUGACAUUACUAUUGGGGGUAUCCUCUCCCAAAGAGGAGAGAAGGAUGACCGUCUACACCCUGUGGCUUUCUGCUCUCGAAAACUCUUGCCCACGGAAACUCUAUCCUUGCCUGCUGUGUGACCCGACUCCGGAUUGUCUGACUAUGCCUCCUGUUUCUUCCCUUCCUGGAUUCUACCUAUUAAAGGCCUCCGUGCCACCAUAGACCCUUUAGGAACCUGUACCCACUUCCAAGUGCUCGUGAGGGUCGUGAUUGUAAGGGAGUGCUGUUCUGCUGCAAUUGGGUUCUGCCACCACUGCAAAAACUCCAGGUGGGUGUGACAUAAAGAAAGGAUUGAUCAGGCAUUCAUCCUCUCCUGUGGGGGCUGGUUUCUUCUUUGUAUGAAAGAAGGAGAAUGAUCUACAUCCAUGCAUUGACUAUAGGGGUCUUGAUAAAAUAACCAUUAAGAAUGUUUACUUCUUUUUCCUUAUUGUCAAGCUUUUUGACUGGCUAAAUUGUUACACUGUUUUCACUAAAUGGGAUCUCAGGGGAGCCUAUAAUCUAGUCCAUAUCAAGGAAGGAGUUGAGUGGAAGACAGCAUUCAACACUCAAAGUGGUCUUUAUGAAUACAAUGUAAUGCCUUUACGUAGCACCCCUGCCGUCAUCAGAUUUCCUCAAUGAUGUUUUGAGGGAAUACUUACACUCAUUUGUUAUUGUUUAUCUUGAUGAUAUUCUAGUUAAUUUACCAAACAUUCAGACACAUCACAAAUACGUUAGGACUGUUCUACGAAGUCUACUAGCAAACGGUUUAUACUUCAACCUAGAAGAAUGUUUUUUUUUUACCAACAAAAGGUAUAUUUUGGGGGCUAUAUCAUUUCCUCUAAUGGGUUUCAAAUGGAUCCUGACAAACUUACCGCUAUCUUGAACUGUCAGUCUGAAAGACAUAAAAAGAUUUGUUGGUUUUUGCCAAUUACUACAGAUGUUUCAUUAAAGGUUUUUCUCAGGUUAUUGCCCCUUUCACUGCCAUGACCAAGAAAGGGGUUGAUCAAGAUUGGACUCAUGGUGCAAGAAAAGCAUUUGAAGUUGCUUUUGCCUCAGCUCCAGUUCUGGUGCAUCUAAAUCCUUCCUGCCUUAUAUCUUGGAGGAGGAUGCUUUGGAGAUCGAUGUUGGGCAAUACUAUCCCAAAAAGUGUCUGUACUAAUACCUUUAAAUCGCUGUGGCUUCUUUUUCCACAAACUCACCUCUGCAGAGAACUAUGAAAUUGGUAAUAGAGAACUCCUGGUUAUCAAAUUAGCCAUAAAAGAGUGGCGUAAUUUAUUGGAAGGAUCUGCUGUCCCCAUUAUGAUCUUAACAGAUCAUAAUUUAUCUUACCAAACAACUUAUGUCUAGUCUUUGGUCCCUCUUCUUAUCUAGAUUUAACUAUCUGAUUACUUACCUCCAGGUCAUCAUAACACAAAAGCAGACUUAUAGUCCCUCCUGGAAGAAUAAUAGCACUCAGCAGAACCUGGGUUUCUUCAUAGCUCCGGAACACCAUACAAACGGACCAUCUCCUCCUGAAACUACUGCAAAUAAGCUAUUUGUUUCUCCUACUCUUAGGGAACAGGUAUUCCAGACAUUUCAUGAUUCCAAAAUGGCAGGCCAUAUGGGAGUCUGUAAGAUUGUUGACCUAACAUCUAGGAAUUUUUGAUGGCCAUCUGUUAGAAAAAAUGUUGAGGAUUAUGUGCAAUCUUGUUUCAUUUGUUCCCAAGCAAAGACAUCUGCUACAACCCGUGCCCUCUGUUCCCUGGUCUCAGCUAUCAUUGGAUUUUAUCGUAGAUCUACCUCGAACCAAAGGGCAUGCUGUCACUCUGGUUGUAGUAGAUCAGUUUCUGAAAAUGGCACAUUUCAUCCCCCUAUAGAAAUUGCAGUCAACAUCUGUCAAAUUGGCACACAUAUUUACUAAAUAAAUGUUUUGACUCCAUGCUAUUUGAAUGUUAUUGUGUAUGAUAGAGAGUCCCCACCAACCCAUUCUAUUGUUCCCCCUCCCCCUAGCUAGAUGGCUGGGGGUCCUCAAUCCCUUAGCCUCACCCAUUAGAAAUAAAUGCCCGUACCUUAUCCUCCUCACCCUAAUAAUAGUGAUGGGGGACCAAUAAACCUAAUACUUGUUGAAAAAAAUUACAUUAACUAUCAGAAGUCUUCUUCUAAUUCUUCUGCCCCCAAAAAAGGCCAAAUAAAAAUCUCUAAAUCCCAACGCAACUUAUAAAAAAGUAAAACAAAACCCGAUUUGCAAAAAAAUAGAUGGAAAAAUUAAAAACCGCAAUGCAAUAAAAUGAAUCUAUUUUCAUCCUGCAAGAGCUCAAUGCAGGAUAAACUCUCAUAGUUGGGAAAGUCCUUAUAAAGGUUUUCCCAUGCAGUGUCAUCUUUAUCAUCGCUUGGGAAAAUUUGAAAAGUAAAUGGUAACCUAUGUAAUAUCACUAAAAGCGCUCCGUAUGGGUAGCAGGGUGUGUGUGCGUGGUUUUUUUGAGCGUGUAACUGAGUGGGGAACAGCAUACCUCCUAACAUUUCAAAUGGACAAAGAGAGACACUUUAAAGGACCACUAAUGUCAUCCAGGCCACUUGAUCUCAAUGAAAUUUCCUGGGAGAGUGGUUCUGUCCUUUUUUGUUUUUUUUAAAUCUUUUUUUUGCUUUGCAAAGAAUUACAAACAGUCUUGCAAUGCCUCAACAACAAUUACAAGCGUGUCAGUAUACAUAGAAAAACAAAACAUUGUGCAGAACAUACACUGAUGCAUCAUAGAUAUUAGGCAACAUAUGAUUGUAUGGCAACUUGAGGGUACAGCACAAUUUUAUAGAAUAAGAUGAUAAUCAAGCUAGGCAAACACGUCUGCAUGCAGAGUUAGUGACUUUGUUUUGUCGCUGUACCACACUGAAACGAAAAGCUUAAGAUGAGAGAAACAAUAAUAAUAAUGAGCUGCGUGACAUGAAAAAUAAAUUUAACAUAGAAAAUGGCAUCAGCCAACGUCAUGUAGAAACUUAACUCAUGUGAUGGGUCUGUAGUUAGAAUCAGCCGACUUGAUGUAGCACAGAGUGGCACGAUUGAUGCAUAUCCAGGGUGGUCUUUAAAUCGGAACGGAGCACCUCUCCACCUCCAAGCCUGUAUGAGGGCCGGGAUCAGUAGUCCACUUAUCUCGACACUCCUGUAGACCAAGUCAUUUCUGUGGAUCCAUGUGACAAUUGCGGGAGAUCUUCUGUCGGUGUGGGUUAUGCGAGGAGGACAAAGCUCAAGUGGCUCUCAGCCUAGGUAGGAGAGUGAGAGAUUAAUUGGGUAUUUUCCAAGUAGUAUUUCCCAAAAGGGGUCCAUCUAGCUUCAGUAACCCGCUUCUCCCUUUUCCUUCUCAUAACUUAUGCUGGUUAGCUUUUUCAUGGUCACUGAGCUUUUUCCAAAAGUGGAUGAAAAUCGCAUCCAGACACACCCUUUGAGUCAGAAAGAAGGGCAUCCUCUAAUUUGUGUUGUUGGAGUGUGGUUAGGUUACUCUAUGUAAGUUCAAGUACAGCAAAGACAGUUUAAAGCGUUCCAGUGAGGACUGGAAUAUACUCCACCUGUCCAAAAGGAUUGGGGUAGGUAGGAGUGCAGCGGGACCGUACCAUGAAAGUGUGAAUGAGGAGAUCGGCUGCCUCUCCCCAGGAGGCAGCAGAAGAGUUUCUUUCGCUCCUGUCGGUGUAGAGUCUCGAAAAAGGACUCGAGUUACUCUCCUGGGAUCCCCUGAUUUGAAUAGUAGUGAACUUUUGUGGAAGCUUGGCGGUCAGGAUUAUCACUCCAAAACUAGCCAAAUAGUCGGGAACUUGUGCACCUUGCGUCUAGAUAGCUUGAAGGUCAUGCUCUGCCCCCACUGGUCCUGUCCUUUUAACGCCACAAUGUAAAGCAUUGCAGUAUUUUAGAAACAAUGUUUACAUUGCAGGUUUAAAUCCACCUCUAGUGAUUGUCAUACUGAUAGCCACUAGAGACACUUCCAUGGCACUGACCGAGUAAAACUAGCAGUAUGGGUAGCUGUAUGUGUGUAUGUGUGUGUAUACCUGUCAUUUCUGAGUUAUCCAUUCUGGACCCAGUCCUGCCUCGUAGCCUUUUCAUGGUCAGUCCUCUCCCCUCUUCUCCAGGAAAUCACUAUUCUUUUUUCAAUUUGAAAUUUUAUUUUCAUAUAGACAAGGAAAUAGCGUACAGAAAGGAAGAGGGAACCUUCAGUAUGAACAUAAUGGGGUUGUACAAUUGUCAGUUGUGCAUUUUGUUUGACAUGUAACAUAAAACAAAGGGAGCGGGGUACAGAAGGAGGGAGGGUUAACACAGCAUGUGCAUAAUCUAUUUUGCUCACGUACAGUAUUUACGUUGCUAUUUUAGUGCGUUAAGGGUUGUCGUGUGUGGAUGGAGCCCUCUGCAGUUAGGGCGUCCAUUUUUGUUUCCAUUUAUUUUGAUUUCUUUUACCCUGUAGUGUCAUUGAGAUUCGUGGUCCCCUGUCUCUGGGUGGUUGUUGUUGUUGAGAAAUGACUAUUCUUAAGGGGGCAGGGACAUGUACAGAUCAGGCUCCCUUAGACUGAAUACAGAGAUCCCAGAGUCAGAUGUUAGUGUGCAAGUGUUUGUUUGUGCAUUGUGUUUGACUGUCUGCGUCACUCACCAUAUUAUCCCAAUUUGUAUCUAUCCCUAUUUCCCACUUGUAUCCCUCUCCCCAUAUUCCAAUAUUUUCACAAUGUCUAUCUCUCUCCCCAUACCCCCUUUCCCUACUUGUGAGUGCCAAUUUCUGCUGGAAUCUGCACUUUUUGUAAAAUUUAAAAGAGGACACACUCUUCACACAUAAAGCUAUAAUUCAUCUUUCUCUCUAUCUCUCUAUCUCUCAUCAAACAUUACAUUUGAUUAUUCAUUCAUACAGUGGCAGUUUGAGCAAUAUAACAAAUCUAAGAACCAGGGGUGUUUUCUUUUUUUAAAGAACUAAUAAAGUACGCAAUCUAUUUGUAUAUAAUGACAAUCUGUUUGUCCUGACACAAACUCAUUUCAGUUAGUAAGAUUGGGAACUCUGCCUUAAGCCUUGGACAUUGAAAGGGUUAUCUGCUAAAUUCAGAAUUUUCAUAAAUUAAAUCCAAAUGGAAAACAGAGGCAAAAAAACUAAACUGGAAAAAUUCUUCAACUCAGCUACAGACACAACUGGACAUUUUUGUCUUAGUUUUGCCAUUCAUAAUUCACCCUCUGCUCUUAUAAUGUGUGGUGAAUGCUAGCUGUAUGUAAUGUGCAUGGUGUGUUCUCACUGUUUUUAAUUGUUGUAAUUAGGUUGUGUGUGGCGGUGCUCUUGUUUACCGUCUUCCUCCUGCUCUGCUCUUUGCAGCGAGGAGCCUUUGAUCCCUCGUGGUCUAAUAAGGGGGUGGUCAUUUUCCCUGGAAGUCUAAUUGGGGUCCUGUGUCCUUGGUGGUCCAGGGGCGAGUUUGUGGUCUUCAACUCAGUUCGUUGCAGGCCACUGUAAUUGCUGUUUCACAGGCUUGGCACUCAGUGAGCCUACCCAUGAUGCAGAUCACAUGCUCCCUGCUCCAUCCCUGAUCCCCAAGGCACCCUGCCCCUUUCUCACAGCAGGGCUAAAGGCAGUAAAAAAAAAAUCUGCAUGCCUGGAGUUAUAUGUCCCUGGCGUUGGGCAAUACAAAUUCCACAUAUCUGAAGAAUUGUUUUCCAUAACCAUUGACAUUAUGUGAGUCUCUGUUAAUAUGAAACUUUCCCAAAAUGCAUUUUAUACAUUUUUAACCUAUACUAGUCAACUAACUACUUAAUUGUAUUUAAUAAAAAAUCACUUCCCUUUUGUCUUCAUCAGUUAUUACCGGGGUGCAGUUGGAGCCCUGCUUAUCUAUGACAUUGCUAAACAUCUGACAUACGAAAAUGUGGAACGUUGGCUCAAGGAGCUGAGAGACCAUGCAGAUAACAACAUAGUCAUAAUGCUGGUUGGGAACAAAAGUGAUUUGCGGCAUCUCAGAGCAGUUCCAACAGACGAAGCACGGGCUUUUGCUGGUACGUUUCAAAUUUUAUGGAUUUAGGAUGUAGAAUGGCCAGACAUAUUUAGUGAUGAUGUAGGAACAUUUUCAUGCAUCUGCUAUACACAUGGAAAAAAGACCAGGCAAAGUAAACCAAUCCAAACAAAAUAAAUCAGGUUUACUGAAUACCAUAUUUUCCGCCGUUUAAGACGACCCCCAACUUUUCCAGUUAAAUUAUAGAGUUUGGCUUACACUCGCCGUAUAAGACUAGCCCUCUUUCAACGCACACCAAAUAAAAAUUAAGAAAACACCUGUGUCCUCCUUACUCACCUCCCCCUCCCGAUGUUCUCCUUACUCCCCCCCUCUCUGUAUUCUCCUUAUUCCCCCCCCUCUGUAUUCUCCAUAUACCCCCUCUCUGUAUUCUCCUUAUCCCCCUCUCAUUAUUCUCCUUAUACCCCCUCUGUAUUCUCCUUAUUCCCCCCUGUUCUGGAAAGUAGAAUCAUUCCCUUCAUGCUUUUUGCAGAAAAAAAAUGUUUUUUCAAUGAUACCUCCACUGGCCACUCCUCAGGUGGCUACUAGAGGUGCUUCCUGGGGCAGCACUGACAUUCAGUGUCUCCAACCUCUGCAUGGGGAAACUGAACUUUCCUCUUAGAGAUGCAUUGAUUCAAUGAUGAGGAGAUGCCGAUAAGCCAGGCUUAUGCUGGCUCUGUCCCUGAUCUGCCUUCUUGACUGUCUCAGCCAAUCCUAGUGGAACGCAUUGUGAUUGGAUUUUGUUCAACACCUCUGAUCAGCCAAGCAGGUAGAUCGGGGCAGAGCCAGAAGCACAAGACUUGGAAUACAAGUAAGAUUUUACUAUAUUUAGGGGGGCAAUAGGGUGCCAGGGGGUCUAGAUGGUAUUUUCAACACUAUAGGGUCAUGAAUACUUGUUUGUGUUCCUGACCCUCUGGUGUUCCUUUAAGCAUAUCUGAAAGCACUUAGAUUUGGCUUUUAUAUAGAGUGUUAAAACACUAGUAACAGAUGAAAUUUAAAUCCUUAUUAUAAAGUGUUUGUGUAUAUAAUAAGUGCAAUUAUUAUCUUUACCUUUUAUGUAAUUGUCUUAAAGUGCUUCUUAUUUUCCACAUUAUAUGCUUCAUAUAAAUAAACCUGUCAUCAUACAUAAUAUACAUUUAACAUGUGAAAAGUUGCUAGCAAGUGUGUGCUAUCACAAACUCACAUUUGGGAAGAAGUACACAUUCCGUUUAAAACGUUAAGAUGAUCUGCUAUAAAAUACUUCAGACUUUAUACAAUUUGUGAAAUAUUUACACAUGUGGAAGUUAUAAGCAAUUUUAAGUGCAAUGAUCAUGUCUUGAUUUACACAACUUGGAGUGUGCUGUUGUCAGAAUGUGGUAGGAACCAAAUCACACUGAUUCAGAACACAACAAAGGAGAGACUAGCCGUGUCCUUAGAGUGGCCAUGUUAACGGUGGUGUAAUGACAUGAAGGGGUGCUGCCCUGGAGCAGCACUGUCCCUUUAAAUGUGGGAACCACUAUAGCAAAGAAAUAAAUGCCAAGACACAAAUGAAAUAGGUUAAAUCAAGAAAUAUAUAUUUACAGGGAACCAAAGCAGAAAGUAAAACAAAAUAUAUACAUACACACACAGACAAGGCCCAUAAAUAUAUACUGUAAAUCAAAAUAAGCACGAAUCGUGCAGGCAACAAAUACUGUAACAGUCCUUAGGUAUUAGGGUAGGAUUGUGCAGCUACCACGGGUAUCAGGUAGGGCACAGAUCCAAAGUCACAAGACUAAUGUAGUGACAACAAGAAUGAAUAAAUCAGCAAGGCUGCAGGGACAGGAUAGCUGGUAGUAAAUCAGAGACCACGGAGCCAGAGCACUGGAUCGGAGGACACAGCAACGAAGGACCAGGAGAACACAGUAACGCAGGAUCAGAAGGACACAGGACCAAGUCACAGUAAGCAGGAGCCAGGAACACAGGAGACCAGGGAAACAGGAAACAAAAGGCAAUGAUCUGGCCAGGAGUGAGGAGGGAAACCAAACUAAAAAGGUGCUAAACAAGGACCAGGUGAAGUGCUUAAUGAAAAGAAAUCAGGAACAGUGCCAAACAGAAACAGUGGUGAGUGUGAGUACUGCACGAGGGCAAAUCAACUAAGCAGUGUCAUGACAGGUUGGCAAUUACAGAGGUCAAUGAUAGGAGAAAACUGUUAUUGAGGCCUGCACCUACCCAUGAUGCUGCACAGUGUGCAGCCCUGAUGUUCAGUGUCUCCAUGCACUUUCCCUAUAGGAGAUGCUGAUUGGCCAGGGCGGCAUUUGGCUCCGCCCCGACCCGGUUCCUUUGUUGAGAUCAUUAGAAUUGACCAUCUCAGCCAAUCCAAUGCUUUCCUUUGGGAAAGCAUUAGGAUUGGCUAAGAUCAUCACUUCUGAUGCUAGCCAAGGAGGCUGAUAAGGGGCGGAGCCAGCACCAGCGCACUCACGCAGCGCUGGAAAUAAGGUAAGAUUUUAGUAUACUUACGGGGGAAGGCGGGGCCAAGCGGACUAAAUAGUGAUUUUAACAAAUUUAAGGUCAGGAGUACAUGUUUGUGCUCCUGACCCUGUAGUGUUUCUUUAAAUAUGAGACCUAUCUACAAUUCUAUUAACUGUGCUUAUGUUGAUAUGCUGUCCCUUUAAUUACACCAUAUCCUACAAAGGAUGGACAUUAAGGAUUGGCUCCCCAUAUCCUUGAACCUGUGAUAUAAUCAAAACUUUGCAAAGGUGACAUUCUUUUGCCAUCUCUCUUUGAAAACUGUACCACAUUGCUAGUGUUUAUGCAUAAUGCACAAGGCUAGUAUGUCUUGUUUCCCAUAAUUCAUUCCAGAAUCAAUCAACUUAUUCUCAAAAUAUUAAUUAUAGUGCAUCUCUUCCAGAAGAACAAUUAGGCAGUUGUAAACAAUAUUCUACACUCCUUUUUCAUUAGGUUAAAGAUUUCCAGUGUUUUUGUAGGAAGUGUUACAUUAAAGGAUAACUGUUAUAUGUUCCUAUGGGGAAAAAAAGAGUGAUCUUAAAGGACCACUAUAGUGCCAGGAAAACAUACUAGUUUUCCUGGCACUAGAGUGCCCUGAGGGUGCUCCCACCCUCAGGGUCCCCCUCCCGCCGGCCUCUGGGGAGAGGAAGGGGUUAAACUUACCGCUUUCUCCAGUGCCGGGCAGGGAACUCUCCUCCCUCUUCUCCUCCUCUUCAGCUGAAUGCGCAUGCGCGGCAAGAGCCGCGCACGCAUUCAGCCAAUCCAUAGGAAAGCAUUCACAAUGCUUUCCUAUGGACGCUGGCGUCUUCUCACUGUGAUAGCACGCAAGCGCCUCUAGCGGCUGUCAAGAGACAGCCACUGGAGGCUGGAUUAACCCUAAUAUAAACAUAGCAGUUUCCCUGAAACUGCUAUGUUUAUAAAAAAAAAAAGGGGUUAACCCUAGCUGGACCUGGCACCCAGACCACUUCAUUAAGCUGAAGUGGUCUGGGUGCCUAUAGUGGUCCUUUAACCCCUUAAGGACCAAACUUCUGGAAUAAAAGGGAAUCAUCACAUGUCACACAUGUCAUGUGUCCUUAAGGGGUUAAUAUGGUUUGGAACAUCUGGGGGUUUGUUCUGCAUGUCGGGCAGUAUUUGGAAAAGGUUUUGGAGUUGAAGUUUCAGUGUGGGAUCCAGAGGCAUGUAUGGGAGCCAUAGAGUUAAAGACAAUUUGUUAGUUUCACUUUUGCUGUAAUUGUGUGUAGUCAGCCCAUCUUUAAUUGUUAUAUUGCAUAUGGUAUAAAAUUGUAGCAUUGAUCUUUUUCUCAGUAAACAUGCAAAUAUUUAUGUUUGAACAGAAAAGAACAACUUAUCAUUCAUUGAAACAUCUGCACUGGAUUCUACUAAUGUAGAGGAGUCAUUCAAGAAUAUUUUAACAGGUAAACGAAUUCCUUUUGACAUAUCUUCCACGUAAUAUUAAAGUCUUACAACAAGUUAGAACAGUUUAGUCCCGAAUUAACGGCAAUGUGAAUGGUGCUGAUGCCUUGUAUGUGAUAUAUCAUACAUAUUAAAUAGCGGUUACAUCUACAAGCUAACCAUGAAGGUUUUCAAGGAUAUCCAUGAGAUCUAGAUUUUUUUUAAUUCAAACUGUUUGAUAGUGUGUUUGUUUUAUUUGUGAAUGUUAGAAAAUCAGAUUUCCUAAGAUCUACACUAAAUAAAGAUUAGUGUUUACUUAGUUAAAGGGUUUCUAUAAGCCUUUAGAGAGGGCCUACGUCUCAAUUUGCAGUAAAACCUGCAAAUAAAAGGUUUUACUUACCUUGAAUCCAGCUCUUUUGCGCCCCCUCCUGAUGUCACGGGGGCCGUGUGUGGUCCAAUCACAGGCUUCUCACUGAGUGUUUCAAAUGAAACACUGCACAUACUGACUCAUGUCACCAUGACCACGUCAAAUUACUGAAGUGGUCAUGGUGGCAUUCAGACAGUCCACAUGAAAGCAUUACUCAAUACUUCCCUAUGGACGUCAGUGUCUUCUCACUGUGAUUUUCAGUGGGAAGUGCCUCUAGCGGUUGUCAGUGAGACAGCCACUAGAGGCUGGAUUAACCCUAAUGUAAACUUAGCAGUUUCUCUGAAACUGCUAUAUUUACAGCUGCGGGGUUAAAACCUAGGGGACCUGGCACCCAGACAACUUAAUUGAGCUGAAGUGGUCUGGGUGCAUAUAGUGGUCCUUUGAAAUUAUACCCACUAGCUGCUACUACCUAAUGCUGAUAACAUGAUAUUAAAAAUGUAAUUGUAGUAAAUAUUGUUCAAACAGCAGCUUAUGUGGGUCAUUGUUUGCUGCAUCAACAAUUUCAGAAAUGUAUCCAUCAUAUUCAUAGUGUAUAUUUCAGAUUGAGAAAAUGAUCUAGUUUCUAUUGUAACAUUGUUGCAGCGUGGCUGUAAUAGUUAUGGUUUGGAUUCCAAUAUUGUUGAAUGGGUAAGGCAAUGGCUGAGUGACAGGCAACAGAGCGUUGUAGUUAAUGGAAUAUAUUCGAAGCUUGGACAUGUCACCAGUGGGGUACCUCAGGGAUCUGUACUUGGACCCAUUCUCUUUAAUAUUUUUAUUAGUGAUAUUGCAGAAGGUCUUUUUGCUGAUGAUACUAAGAUAUGUAACAGGGUUGAUGUUCCAGGAGGGAUAAGCCAAAUGGCAAAUGAUUUAGGUAAACUAGAAAAAUGGUCAGAAUUGUGGCAACUGACAUUUAAUGUGGAUAAGUGCAAGAUAAUGCAUCUUGGACGUAAAAACCCAAGGGCAGAGUACAGAAUAUUUGAUAGAGUCCUAACCUCAACAAUUGAGGAAAGGGAUUUAGGGGUGAUUAUUUCUGAUGACUUAAAGGUAGGCAGACAAUGUAAUAGAGCAGCAGGAAAUGCUAGCAGAAUGCUUGGUUGUAUAGGGAGAGGUAUUAGCAGUAGAAAGAGGGAAGUGCUCAUGCCAUUGUACAGAACACUGGUGAGACCUCACUUGGAGUAUUGUACACAGUACUGGAGACCGUAUCUUCAGAAGGAUAUUGAUACCUUAGAGAGGGUUCAGAGAAGGGCUACUAAACUGGUUCAUGGAUUGCGGGAUAAAACUUACCAGGAAAGGUUAAAGGAUCUUAACAUGUAUAGCUUGGAGGAAAGACGAGACAGGGGGGAUAUGAUAGAAACAUUUAAAUAUAUAAAGGGAAUCAACACAGUAAAGGAGGAGACUAUAUUUAAAAGAAGAAAAACUACCACAACAAGAGGACAUAGUCUUAAAUUAGAGGGACAAAGGUUUAAAAAAAAUAUCAGGAAGUAUUACUUUAUUCAUUUGUUGGGUUGAUAAGGACCUUGUGGUCCGGCAAUAUAAUUCGAUUCAUCUUAGAUAAAUACAACAGUUUUACACUAUUAUCCAUUUAGCCAUCUCCUCUACCCAUUGAACCUGGACACAAUACUAGGCCGCUACACUCUCUAUUAUACUUUAACAAAGGCCAUGAUUUUUCCCUGUGGGCUGGGGGGAGGGAUGGGUUGUGGCUGUUGGAUUUGGGAGGGCAGAUGGGAUAGUGCUUAGUUUUUGUUCUCACUUAUGGUACUUAUUUGAUUUAAUUUAAUUUUACAUUUGGGUUUCUUUCGUAAACCUUUUUAAGAACGGUCAAAUCUUACGGUAACUAACGCACUCUUUGAUUACCUAAUAUGUGGCCUAUUCAUGAAUGCACUGUUUCCAUACAUUCUUAACAAAAUCAUAUUUUAAAAAUAAAAUAGUGUAGCUGAGAUGUUUUGAUAACGAGAAAUGUAUCUGUUAUUUGUUUUGUGUUCUGUAGAAAUCUACCGCAUUGUAUCACAGAAGCAGAUUGCGGACAGGUCAGCCCAUGAAGAUUCACCAGGAAAUAAUGUGGUGGAUAUCAGCGUUUCUCCAACCAUGGAUGGGCAGAGACCUGGCAAACUUCAGUGCUGUCAGAAUCUCUAAGGAUCCUUACGAAGCCUGUUGUUACAUUGGAGAGAUAUGAACUCACAUUUAGCUCUGGCACAACUGCGGUUAACGCACUAAAUGCACCAGAGGCCUCAGCAAGCAAGUGCCAUGGUUAAUCUCACCUCACCCCAGUUCAGUGUCAGUUCCCAUGGUAUGGCUAACUUAUAUUGAGUAUUGGCUUCGUGGAUGCUGAAGACACACCGGCUGAAAAGACAAAGUUUUAAUCUUUGGAAACUGUAAAAACCUGGCAUCCUUUACUUUGAACUUGACAAAAGUUAUAGCUGAGAUACCAGUAAAGUCAUCAUGUGAUGUUGCAUAUCUCUGUCAUGUGACAACUUGCUGCUGGUCACAAAAGUUAGCCUUCUUUGGGGUACAGUUAUGUAAGUUGCAAAUGCAUCCCUCUCAUAUGUGUUCCAUUCACUGUAAAAAAUACAACCAAAAAAACGAGAAGAAAUACAAACAAAAACACUUUAGCUAACACUCUUAUUAUUUGUAUGAAAAUAUAUACAUACACCAUUUUAGAAAACCUUUCCUUCAACACAUGAGUACGUCCCAACUGAGUUAUUUAACAUAUAUAGGUGUUGCAAAUGCAAUAUUUAAAGGAGCAGUGUCAAAAUGACUACAUUCUGAUAGUAGGUCUCAUGACUUUAGGUUGCAGGUGGUCUAAUAUUCUUGGUCUAAUGUUUUUGAGCCAAUGAAUAGCAUUAAAUAUUGGUGAACUUGAUGUUGCUAAUGCGGACGUGAAACAUCGGCUUUAGCAGUUACAGCAAGUGGGGGCUUGGCUGUAGGUGUUUCGGAGACCCCAGUUCAAACUUCUUUAAUACCGUAUGACCAAGAACUAGGGUACAGUGUGCCCAUAACCUGUGGCACCAUAACCAGUACAACGGCAUAUUUUGGGUACGAUGCCUACACUGCUUCUUUAAGGUAUUUCGGGUGCAGCAUACAUCACAUCAGUUUUCAUUUUGUGGUUGUGCUGUUUAACAAAAACACUGUCUCUAAUGAACCUAUCCCAUUGGUAGCAAUUAGAAAAUAUUAUGCUAAAAAAAAAAAAAAAAUAUGAAACCUAUGUCAUUGUGAUGAUCUCAUUAUUCAUUUUAUACAUAUUGAUCAGAGGCCCAAUAAACAACAUCAAUAAACAUUUUAAGUUUGAUGGUAUAUGGGGAUAUUUGACUUGUCCGAAGAGAAUGUAUUAUUAAAUAAAAGAAAUAAAACACAGCUUUACCAGUGUGUCA